CUUUCUUCUUGUGAUCUCAAUGCUCCCACAGACACAAACUCCAAAGGAUGACGGAGGAAGUCUAAGGUAAGCACAGAGCCCUCAAAAGCAAGAAUAAUAGCAACGAGUAGUACUUACGAUAAGGGACGCGGGUGGCGCUGUGGGUUAAACCACAGAGCCUAGGACUUACCGAUCAGAACGUCGGCAGUUCGAAUCCCCACGACGGGGUGAGCUCCCGUUGCUCAGCCCUGCUCCUGCCAACCUAGCAGUUUGAAAGCACGUCAAAGUGCAAGCAGAUAAAUAGGUACUGUUCUGGCGGGAAGGUAAAUGGCGUUUCUGUGUGCUGCUCUGGUCCGCCAGAAGCAGCUUAGUCAUUCUGGCCACAUGACCCGGAAGUUGUACGCCGGCUCCCUCGGACAAUAAAGCGAGAUGAGCACUGCAGCCCCAGAGUUGGCCACGACUGGACCUAACGGCCAGGGGUCCUUUACUUUAGUACUUAAGAUAGUUGAACCAUUCCUUUGCGGCUAGCAUAGAUCUUCACCAGUGCAGGCACUGAGAACAGGGUACAUAGAUCACAGAACAUGGGACACACAACAAGCAGGGAUCAAGACUGUUCUGAAUUUCCCACAAGAAUAGUUUGAACCGUUUAGCACUGUUGCAGGUUUUGGUGGGACAUGAGCGGUGCCCGUCUUGCAGGAAUAGCAGGAUCUAGAGUAACCAGGCAAGGGCUGGUAGAGGCAGGCGAACAGACCAGACCAGAAGGGAAUGCCAACCAAAGGGCAUGGAGAAACAAGGACCGGGCCAUUCAUUCAUUCUUAUCUGUACAAACUGCAGAUCAGACAAAAUAAGCUGCAGAACAGAACAAGGACAAGCAAGUCCAAAACAUAUAUGCUUAUCCUUCAUUACAGCAUUAUUAUAACAGCAGUCAGCCGUGUCCACAGUUAUGGUGUGAUACAAAAUAAAUGAAAGAAAUGGAGACUCAGGGUGAAGGACUGAGUUCAGAGCAUGAUCUCAUUCUCCCCCUUCCCGCUAAAUAUUUUGGAGCCCCAGCCUAUUGCUUUAUCUGGAGGAGGGGAAUCAGAUUCCUAUCACCUCAUGCUAAUAGGGCCAAGAAGUCUCUGAGUCCUGCCAUGUCAAGAGAGCUCUCAGGAGGCAUGGGCAGGCUGGCUCCCUGUGAUCUCCCCACCCAGCAGCUCCCCUCGAAAGCAGAAGAAGAGCGAGCUAUGCAUGAUUUCCCCCUUCCCCACAAACAUUUUCAGCCUAGUUUCUGGGCUAGCUUCUACAGCAGUGUUAGAAACUGAGAUACAAAAGCUAGGAGCUAAAUGGCACCUUAAACCUUGGUUAGGGGCACCACAAUGGAAUGCCUAGGCGGGCUUUUUUAUAACACGAAUACAAAGCUGAAAAUGAAUGAACUGCAGCUAAAAUAUUAUGUUCAUUUUAAAUAUGGUCUAGUCCUUCCCCUGCCCACCCCCUAAAUAUUCUUAAGAGGGUUUCUUCUCCUGUCUUCAGAGAGUAGCUGGAAGUGGGGAGGCAGAAAAAGGUCCUCCUUUCCUUCCACUCUGCAGUUUUAAUCUGAAAUCUUAGGCGCAGUACUGCGUCCAGAGCUCAGAAGCUGCUCGCGCUGAUGAAAUUCCCUGUCGCAAAACGCGCCCAGGACAAUGGGAGUUUCGAACGCUAUUCUAGAGAUGUACCCCAAUAAUAUUGCCAUGGAAGCUGAUUGGUAGAGACCAUGUUUUGUACACUAAAGGCAUGGGUAGGUAAACUAAGGCCCGGGGGCCGGAUCCGGCUCAAUCGCCUUCUAAAUCUGGACCGCGGAUGGUCCGGGAAUCUGCGUGUUUUACAUGAGUAGAAUGUGUCCUUUUAUUUAAAAUGCAUCUCUGGGUUAUUUGUGGGGCCUGCCUGGUGUUUUUACAUGAGUAGAAUGUGUCCUUUUAUUUAAAAUGCAUCUCUGGGUUACAGUGGUACCUCGGGUUAAGAACUUAAUUCAUUCUGGAGGUAACCUGAAACUGUUCUUAACCUGAGGUACCACUUUAGCUAAUGGGACCUCCUGCUGCCGCUGCGCCACACAAUUUCAGUUCUCAUCCUGAAGCAAAGUUCUUAAAGUACUAUUUCUGGGUUAGCGGAGUCUGUAAGCUGAAGCAUCUGUAACCCGAGGUACCACUGUAUUUGUGGGGCAUAGGAAUUCAUUCAUUCUUUUUUCUUUUCAAUAUAUAGUCCGGUCCCCACAAGGUCUGAGGGACAGUGGACCGGCCCCCUGCUGAUAAAGUUUGCUGACCCCUGACUAAAGGUCACUGGUUUGAACUCCAGCAACUCUAGGAAGGUCUGGGGGGAAAGACUCCUUCCCAAAGCCCUGGGAGAGCCAUUGUGAGACACUCAGCUAAAUGGACCAAUAACCUGACUCAGCACAAGGCAACCCUUUAGCUAGGAAAUUGCCAUGUGUUUUAUCUCUGUGUGUGCAAGAAUUAGGCAUCAUAUUUUAUAGAUAGAUAUCGAUAGAGAGAUAGGUCACACAUACAUACAUACAUACAUACAUACAAACAAAUGAAAUGAAGGGCAAGUUCUCUGCUUCAGUCUUCUCCAGUAACCUUUCAGUGGCACCAAAGUACUGUAUUUAUCUAAUGCUCACCAAAUUACGUUACGAAAAUUAAGGCGCAACUUAGAUUCGAUGGCACAUUUACAUUCGCCAACAAAUACUUUUUUCGGUUCUAAGCUUCUUAAAACUUAGAUUCGAUGGCGCAUUAGUCUCGAGUAAAUAUGGUACUCUCAGCCGUACUUAAGUGAAACGAGGAAAGACCAAUGGAAGAACAAGUCUCGGCAUGUACUCUUGAGUUAAAGGACCCCUGACCAUUAGGUCCAGUUGUGGCCAACUCUGGGGUAGUGGUGCUCAUCUCGUUUUACUGGCCGAGGGAGCCGGCGUACAGCUUCCGGGUCAUGUGGCCAGCAUGACUAAGCCGCUUCUGGCGAACCAGAGCAGCGCAUGGAAACGGAGUUUACCUUUCCGCCGGAGUGGUACCUAUUUAUCUACUUGCACUUUGACAUGCUUUUGAACUGCUAGGUGGGCAGGAGCAGGGACCGAGCAACGGGAGCUCACCCUGUCGCAGGGAUUUGAACCGCCGACCUUCUGAUCGGCAAGUCCUAGGCUCUGUGGUUUAACCCACAGCGCCACCCACAACCCGCCAAUCCUGGGCCAUAUACUGGCCAAGUGAGCUGGUCCAAAGGAUGCUGGAUCUUAAGAUUUUGGCUGACCAGGCUUACCAAGAUCUGGUGCCUUACUCUGUCUCUUGAUUACCUAGAAAUCAGUGCUGACAAUUACAGUGGUACCUCGGGUUAAAUACUUAAUUUGUUCCGGAGGUCCGUUCUUAACCUGACACUGUUCUUAACCUGAAGCACCACUUUAACUAAUGGGGCCUCCCGCUGCCGCCGCCAUGUUCUCAUCCUGAAGCAAAGUUCUUAACCCGAGGUACUAUUUCCAGGUUAGCGGAGCCUGUAACCUGAAGCAUAUGUAACCUGAAGCGUAUGUAACCCGAGCUACCACUGUAAUCCCAGACACGGCAUGGGCAAGGGAGAAGCUUGCAAGAAUAUUUUGACAGUUUAACGUUGCUGAUCGCUUAAACCAACUAGACGGCUUUCAAUUUUUAAAAAAGCCCAUCAGUUACAACAGAGGUGGAGAACUUGUGGCCCUCUAGAUGUUUCCGAGCUACCGGGGGUGGGGGUGCGGAAAGAACAUAUCUAUAUAUAAUCACUAUGAUUGUCUAGGACUGUGGCCAACAAAAGGCUCCACAGCAGACAGCAGUAGAGAAUGGUCAGCACUAUAAAAGGCACAUAAAUCAGCUACCUGAAACCAUAAUUGCGACAGAAAAGAAACAAAACUGAAUUUUGAAAACGGUUACCCAUAUCCACUUUCCUUAACAUCGAUCGCCUUGCCAAAGCCAAAAGAUUAACAUACCUGUUUAUCCAGGAAUAUUUGUUUUGUUAAUAUGAUACCUCAACAGUAGAAUGGAUCAAUGUGAUACCUACAUAGUCAGCUUGCUUGUUUUCUUUACAGGCUAAAUUCGAGAACACAAAAUUCUUUUUGUUGCUUAAGUGAUCUCGGCUAUUCAGCCAUUCUCAGAAUGAAACGAGCAUGUGAGCUCCUUAGGUAACAUAUGGUAUUUUAUUAAUUUAAAAGACUUUAGUUAAACAACUUUUGGUAAAUUGAAUCCAGCCUAAAUUAAUUUCCUUCGAAUGAGUAAGGUACUUAGUAUACCCCAUGUCUGUUCAAUCUCUCUUGACUUGAUUAUCCCCCUGCAAAUACAACCUUAUAAAUAAUGGCGCUGCAGAUAUACCAGUGAAAGGGUUUAAGUAGGCAAAAGUGCAUCUUUCAGACAUAUCAUUAUUUUCAGAAUACAGUACCCAAGAAAUCACAGUCAGGGAAGGUAAAUGUCAGCUGGCCAGCCUUCUCUGAACUAUUCAUAAAUAUGUGCUGUCUGCAGCGUUAUGUCAAGAUAGUCGCUCAAGAAAAGGUUAUGGGUUCUUAUUAGAGGUGCAUGUUAGUUACAGCUACUUGACAGUCACAGCUAAGCAUGAGCAAUGAUUGUGGGAUCAUGGGGAAAGGAGAGGGGGAAACAGGGACUUACACAAAAUGUCGCGCAGCUGAACAGAAUGCAGAAAGAUCCCCUCGUUGGAAAUAACUCACACAAGGACACGGAUAUUAGGUUUAUGUUACUGGGCAAAUUUUGGCCACAACUUUAUUGAAAUUACAGAAUGUGAGCGGUAUUGGCUUAGGCAUUGAUUGGACCUGACUAAGUAUCUGACUCCUGCCCAUUGUGUAGGAUGUCCCAGUAAGGGUAAGCCACCGGUAGGGGAGCCCUGUCGAUGCGAACCAACUCAAGCCCCCCCAGUUUUCCCGUCGGGGUCGUGUCAAGGCCUUAGCCCCCCAGCCGGGCUUCAGACUAGAUCAACACCCCCGGAUUCCUUUAAUGGAAUAUCCUUAAGCAUGGAGGGGCAGGUGAUGGCCACACCUCCCCUCCCACACACAAGGUCAAACAAUGCCUAACCGCAACCCUAACAAAGUUGUGACGAUUGCUACGAGGUAGGCGAAAACCAAGUGGCCAGUGCCAAUUUGCCAAGUGGAAAAAUUCCUACCAGGCCCCUCGGACAACCAAGGCGACCAACCGAAGUCCAUAGCAAGGCCAUUGCCUAACCUGCAAAAUAGGGAGGGAGGGAGGGUGAUUGAGGAAGCGAGCCAAAGAGGAAGUCCUCUGGCUCGCUCCUCCUUUUAAACGGCCCCUGCCACGUCCCCCCGGCUAGCGGGUUGGCUGGCCGGGCUAUGACGUGGCCGGGUUCCCUCAGGCAACGGGGACAAGGUCCCCUGCCCCCGGUGGGUAGUGGGUGGCCAUGCGGUCCACCGCAACUCCUCCCGACUGGGAAGUGGAGCGGAUAUGUGUAAGCUGGCUGGCACUUUGAAUUGAACAGUAAAUUGGUGCGGCUGAGAGACCAGCGAUUUUUGGCACCCCUCGGCCGAAACCGAAAGAACUUGUGACUAAGAGUUUGCACCCAAGUCUGCUUAUCUUCUCAUCCCUCCUGAUCCAUUUUACUGUCGCGUUACGUCUUUUUAGAUUGCAAGCGUGUGGACAGGGACAUUUAUUAUUUUUUAGUCAUAUGUACAAUGCCCCGGGAGCCUUUUUUGGCUGAAUUCUUUGCAUAAAUGAAGCAGGUUAGGCUGUAGAAGCACAGCCCUGAGGAUAUGACAUUUUCACUGUUGUGGGAUUAAACAUUCAAAAUAUGCAAAGGUAGCAGGUAAGGCAGAUAAAAUACUGUGGUCCACACUGUAUUGUUUGUCUUUGGAAAAGAGUUGUUUCACAUAAAAUUCCAAAGAAUGGCUAGCAAAUAUCACCACCACAUUUUCAAUCCAUAGCACAAUCACUCGAAAUAAACUGCAAAUACCCAUACCCUUAGAAAAGCGUAUUUCUUACUUAGGUGUGCUGCAAUCAUUGCCCUUUUUGAAUAGAUUGAAGCUUACAGCGAAUCAUAUGCAGUGACUUGCAUUUGCUUAGCACAUGAAACAGAGGCCAACUUCAUAUAGGGAUCCCUUAAAGUAGACAUUUUCAACCAUUUUGAGUCCAUGGCUCCCUUGACCAACUCCAUUCUUUCUGCGGCACCCCUGUGGGGCUCAGGAGCCCAGAUGUGUCACCCCUUGCCUGCAGAACCGGUAGCCUCUCAGUCUUUUACAAACACCCUCCCUUGUGGAGUGUUCCCUCAGCCUCCUCUCCUCUCCCCUCUCCCUGGGAGUCCUCUGGGCAACUACUGCUGCCACCCCUGGUCUCUGAGCUGCUCUCCCUGCCCCAAAGAGAGGUGGCUCCUCCCACUGCCCCGCAAGGGCCUAGGAAGCAGCCCCUGGCCAGCUCCAGAGUCACUAUUCGUCUGGAGAGCUCGCUUCAAGAAACAACUGUUCAAGCCUUUGAGAGGCAGAGACCUGAGAGGGCAUCAGAGGAGGGAGGAAAGGAAAGAGGGACAGAGGCCAGUGUUGCCCACGGCACCCCUGACCAUCAUUUUAGGCACCCCAGGGUGCCACGGCACACUGGUGGAAAACCACUGCCCUAAAGGCAUGACAGACAUGUACAAGAAGAUCUGCAAUCAAAUGUCCAAACAAUUCUGAACCCAUGUACGUGGUCAAAACAUGUACAGUGGUACCUCGGGUUAAGAACUCAAUUCGUUCUGGAGGUCUGUUCUUAACCUGAAACUGUUCUUAACCUGAGGUACCACUAAUGGGGCCUCCUGCUGCCACCGCCACACAAUUUCUGUUCUCAUCCUGAAGCAAAGUUCUUAACCCAAGGUACUAUUAGCGGAGUCUGUAACCUGAAGCGUCUGUAACCUGAAGCAUCUGUAACCCGAGGUACCACUGUACCCUGUUAUCUAGUUACAGUGAAUACUGCAGCAUGGCAAUGGGCAUGUGAAAUUCUAUGAAACUUGCAUAGCUCCAGGGGUCUAACUGUACCACAUCCUGUUCAGCUCAAUAUUAUUUUACCUGUUCAUUAAGAUAUUCAACUGAUCCUUCAGCAUGCCUUUUCAUCGAUAUUUAGAUUACGGUGGCUGCAGAAGAACAGCACAGUGUAUUUAUGCUUGGAAAGCAUUCACCUGUAAAAGAAAAAAAGAAAAGAAAAGGUACAGGAAGCACAACAACAACAAAAACCUAGCAGCGUGGCUUUUGUUACUCAUAGAGAAAGAAAAGCUGUCUAGAACAAUUUGUCCUUAAUGGCUGUUUUAGCUCAAGAGAGGCCCUGAAGUGAAGAAUAAACAAACUGUCAGAGGAACAGCGAGGAAGUCUCUUAAGAUCAAGGUUAAGGUUCAUUGGUACAACUGCUCUGAGGCAAAACAUGACCACAUCUUGGAUUCAUCUUGCCACGCAGAUGAAUGCAAAGGUACGGAUGCAGCGGUUUUUCUUCUCGAAACCUCUGCAUCCAUUAAACAUAUCACAAUGCUUUUCGCUUUUUCGCCUUUCCAAGGGAAAAGGUAAUAUUUUAUGGAAGUGAAAGAUUAUUCCGUACAGAGGAAUUCAGCCAAGGUUUGGAAAAUGGGACAAGAUAUAGUGGUACCUCAGUUUUCAAACGUCUCCAUUGACGAACGUUUCAGUUUUCGAACGCCGUAAACCCGGAAGUAAAUGCUUCGGUUUUCAAACAUACCUCGAACACGCCUCGUGGCUUCCGUAUUGAGUUUUACGUAUUGAGUUUUUGGUUUUCAAACGUUCCGGAACUCGGUUACAUUUGAAAACUGAGGUACCAUUGUAUACCCAAAGAAGUGGAACUAACCUAAUGGGGGAAACCAAAGCUAGCAAGCAAACCCAACAUCCCUAACACUCAAAAUAUUUUAUUAGUUGUGCAUCCCAAAUACAGAUCUUUCCCCACCCCCAACAGCUGCCUAACUGGACAUUAUUAUUUCCCUUUCAAUAGAAGCAUCCAUUAUCUACUGCUAGAUACUCUCCUUGAAAAAGGCACUCUGAAACAUCAGAUGGAACACUUUAUCCCAAGUAUGUAUUGAUAUAAAAUAGAUGUGAGCCAAAACAAACAAACACACACACACACACACACACACACACACACAGCCUUCGUCUCAUCUCAUCUUAUUUGCUCAAGUUUUUUAACUAGUCAUCAUUUCGGCAUGGCUGCAUUGUAAACAUUCUGAUCAGCCUUGUGCAAAGGAAAACACUUGCCAAAGCAUUUAAGGUAUAAUCAGAUCUUUAGCCACUUUUGGAGAGCCACAGGUUGCCUAUCCCCCCCCUUUAGUGUUGCACUGUUGCAAGAGAGUUACAUGAGAGCUGGGAACUCUGGUUGGAUUGCACUAUCUUAUGUUGAAAUAAGCCAAGAUCGUCUCUUGCGGGGGUGCAAUUAGUGCCAGCACCAUCCGUUAAGAGUUUGGGUGUAAUCUUCGACACCUCCCUUUCCAUGGAGGCGCAGAUUGCAGCUACAACAAAGGCGGCAUUUUUCCAUCUCCGCCAAGCUAAGCAGUUGGCUCCUUAUCUCUCUUGCCCUGACCUAGCCACUGUGAUCCACGCGACGGUCACCUCCAGACUGGAUUAUUGUAACUCGCUCUAUGUGGGGCUGCCCUUGAGACUGAUCCAGAAACUCCAGCGGGUGCAGAAUGCUGCAGCAAGACUCCUUACGGGGUCUUCGCUGCGAGAUCACAUUCACCCGGUGCUAUACCAGCUGCACUGGCUCCCGGUGGAGUACAGGAUCAGGUUUAAGGUGCUGGUUUUAACCUUUAAAGCCCUAUAUUGCCUAGGACCCUCGUACCUACAGGACCGCCUCUCCUGAUAUGCCCCACAGAGAAACGUACGGUCUUCAAAUAAAAACAUCUUGAAGGUCCCAGGCCACAGAGAAGUUAGGCUGGCCUCAACUAGAGCCAGGGCUUUUUCGGCCGUGGCUCCGAUCUGGUGGAACACUCUGUCACAAGAGACCAGGGCCCUGCGGGACUUGACAUCUUUCCGCAGGGUCUGCAAGACAGAGCUGUUCCACCAGGCCUUUGGCCAGGGCACAGCCUGACUCCCUCCCUCGGCAAUCUUCGCGGAGCUCUGGCCCAAUGGUUGCCAGUGGCUUGAAUUAAUUAAUUUUAUAAUGAAUGAUUUUAGAGUGUUGUUUGUGCUGUACUUUUGUACUGUUUUAUUGUUGUUAGCCGCCCUGAGCCCGGCUUCGGCUGGGGAGGGCGGGAUAUAAAUAAAAUUUAUUAAUUAUUAUUAUUAUUAUCGUAAACCAUGGUUUGAGCCUAGCUUUUUUCAAUAAACUACCAAAAGUCUGUCAUUUUGAGACAUAGUGGUAACAUGCGGUAGUUAAAACCAGGAAGCUGAUGAUUCCAACCUCCUCCUUGCCAGGAGAGAGAAAGUGUGUGAGUUCAACCUCUUUCAUGUGUGGCCAGAGCUGUGUCAAAUUUGCUAGGCACCUAGGAGGACAAAGUUACAUCCAUGCUGACCUUGAUGACAGAAUUAUUACAGGUUCAAUAGGCUUAAUGGAUGGAAGGAUUUGCCUGGGCAAUUGUAGUGGGACAAAGAUGGUGACAAGAUAUUCAGCCCAGAUACUGAGGUCCAGCGCCGAGGGCCUUCUGGGGGUUCCCUCCCUGCGAGAAGUGAGGUUACAGGGAACCAGGCAGAGGGCCUUCUCGUGGCGGCGCCCACCCUGUGGAACAUCCUCCCAUCUGAUGUCAAAGAAAUAAGCAAUUUUAGGAAUUUUAGAAAACAUCUGAAUGCAGCCCUGUUUAGGGAAGUUUUUAAUGGUUGAUCUUUUAUUGUGUUUUUAAUAUUCUGUUGGGAGUCGCCCAGAGUGGCUGGGGAGGCCCGGCCAAAUGGGUGGGGUAUAACUAAUAUAUUAUUAUUAUUAUUAUUAUUAUUAUUAUUGCCAACCCUUUGGUUUUGUGGAUGGGGGAAGUGCCAAGGCUAUUCCACCUCCUCUGCUUUGGCUGCCCUGUCCAUGGAGUGACAUUUUGAAAAGGAGAGGAGUUAAGAAGUAUUGUGCCCAUUUGCCUUCUCUUUCUUUUUCUGUGCAUGGAAGGACUUAUUGAAAGUAGUGGGAGAGAGAAGCUCUCUUGCCCAUGGAGGGCUUUAGGAAAGGGGAGGGGAGAAGUGUCAGGCCUGUUUGCCUCCUCUUUGCUUUGCUAUCCACCAGCCUGGUGCAGCAAGCAGUGGGAAGCUGCUGCGCCCAUGAAGUUUUUGGAAAACGUGUGUGUGGAACGGUGAAGGAAGAACCACAGGAUCCACCUGUUUGCUGCUCUACUUUGUUUUGCUGCCUGCCAGUGACAUGGAGCAGUAGGCAAGCAGCUACUUUUUGUGUGUGUGUGUGUGUGCAUUGGGAUGUGGGGGGAGCGUAGGAAUUGCCUGUUGCUUGUUUUACUGCCUGUCAGCCAUGAGGGGGACUUUUUGAAAGGGGGGGUAUGAAUGGAAGAAGAAACAUAGGAAUUGGCCCUUGGCUAGUGUGUUUGUUUUGCUGUCUGCCGGCAUGUGGGGCAGGCAGCUACUUGAGAGAGGCCUCAGUUGAAUGUGGGGGGAAGGAUAAGGCAAUUAUUUCCUGUUUCUACUGUAUGCCAUACAGCAGGUAUUGUUCUAAAUCUGUUUUAGGAGGGGGCACUGCAGAGGCAACCUCAUCUUCAUUAUCUCAUUUUUUCCUACUUGUACCAAAGUUUUUUUGGGAAGCAGCAUCACAUUUACCCUGAUUGUUAUUCAACUGGUGUGUGUGUGUGUGUGUGUGUGUGUGUGUGUGUGUGUGUGUUUUGUAGGGGUUGGCAUCCAUUUCAGACGCAUCCUUAUUAUCAUCACCACCUUUUCUUCCUGCCAGGUCCACAGCAGGGAUUAUUUCCAAGUUGUCUGACAAGGGGGCAGCAUAGUGCAAAGGCAGAAACAUUAUACACCCCGAAUUUUGACAUCGUUACGUUUAGGUGAACAAAUAGGGCCACUCAAAAUGGCUGCGCACAGAGCCCCACAAGCCAUUAAUCUGCCACUGGAUGUAAAGGAGCAUUUCUCCUGUACAUAAUCUUGCCCGGGCCCUUUUGGCCAGCUGAAGACUCUUCUGGUGAUGCCAUUUUUGCAUGAGAUUAGGUCUGUUGCUUGCCAGAAGGUCUUCUCGGCAGUAACACCCCAGCUACGAAAGACUCUCCCCUCAAAUCUUUGAUUGGCACUAAGCUCUUUUCAGCGUGCUGUUUUGUCCCCGAGAGAUAAUUGCUUGCACCCUGAGUUAUGAGACUAUUCUGACCAAUGGGCUUAAUAGAUGGAUGGUGGCUGUGUUCCAAAGCGUAUUUUGUUCUCCUUUUAUAGUGUAUCAUGUUUUAAAAUGUUGCGUUCACCUAAUGAGGUCAUCCAUCUUAUAAAUAAAAGGGCAGAGCUGUGGGAUGCUGCGAGGGAUUUACAAAACUAUGCAGCGCUCUAACUGAUUGGAGAGGAUUUGGAGACUGUUUACAAGGCAGUCAGCCGGUUCUGUGGCCUGCGUAGAAUCUCCAGCACACACAAGGGCUGCUUUCUCUGCACACUUCAGGGAAAUCUAUAUGUUUCCAGAGCUGCUCGCUUCCCUUCACAAGGCCUUCAUCAAAGUGCAAAAGCUAAUACAGUCAUACCUCUUGUUACGUUCGGUUCAGGUUACGUCUUUUCAGGUUGCAUCCCACGGCAACCUGGAAGUACCGAAAAGGGUUACUUCUGGGUUUCGCCGCUCACGCAUGCACAGAUGCGCAAAAUGAUGUCACAUGCAUGUGCAGACGCAGCGAAUCACGACCUGAGUGUGCGCAGACGCGGGUUGUGUUCCUUUCAGGUUGCGAACAGGGCUCCGGAACAGAUCCCGUUCGCAACCAGAGGUACCACUGUAGUGAGAACAGUUAGAAAUUGUAAGGCCGAGUAGGCUUGCUAAGAUGUAUAAGGUUGAAUCAUAAGUGCUGGAGAUGCAAAGAGGUGGAAGGAACGUUCUUUCACAUGUGGUGGACUUGUAAAAGAGUAUUGGGAAACAAUCCAUAAUGAAUUGGAAAAAAUGUUUAGAAGUACUGUUCCAAAAAACACACACGGAAACCAAAAACAGAGUUCUUUUUGUUGGGGAUAAUUCAGUUUAAAUUCCCAGGUGUCAAAAAAGGUUAUUUAUGUAUGCCACUACUACGGCCCGUGUUUUGUUAGCUCAAAAAUGGAAAACAAGUGAGGUCCCAACUAAAGAAGAAUGGCAACAUAAGCUGAUGGACUAAGCGCAGCUUGCAGACUUAAAAUAUAGAAUAAGAGAACAAGAAGAACAUACGUUUAGAGAAGAUUGGAAAACGUUUAUUGAAUAUAAGGGGGGAAAUUGUGUCCACUUGAAAACGUUGGCAGCAUUAAGAUAAAUUCAACAGCGUAAAUAAGUCUUGAUGGAUGUAAUAAUGAAAUAUGGAAUGCUUUAGUUUUUGUAAAAUGUGCAGGGAUUUAUGAACCAUGGAAAGAGAAGAAGGGAUGUCAUUGAUAUUUUAAGGAUGCUUAAAUGAGUAUUCUAAAUUGUAAAACAGAAAACUGAAUAUUAAAAUGUAUUUUUUUAUAUAUAUAAAAAAGAAAUUGUAAGGCCGACACUGGGACACCUGCAGGUUCCAAACCAAGAUGCCUUUCAGCUACACUGAGCUCUGCUCUACAGGUAGGUGCGACUGUUUUCCUGGCACCGGGUCUUCCAUACAUGCAACUUGCCCCUGGAUUGGCUCUGUGCAGAAAAGCUCAUCUAUGCAUGGCGUUUGGGAAGGGGCCAAUGCAAUCUCAUUCCCCAUCUUCAUGUAUUGACUGUCUUUAUAUCAGUCACCCGCACACAGUUUACGUGGAACAAAGCUGAGUGAAUGCAAGACUUGGAACUCCCAAUGUCUUUUUUCAUGUCCAUAAACAGCCACUGGGGACAGGGGGGAAAUCCAAUUUGGACUGGGCUAGGUGUUCUGGUUUGUGAAUAAGUUCCGCUUCCUGUUGUGUGUGUUCCGUUUGUAAAUUGAGUCUCCCACUGGUAAUCAGAGGCUUCCUGUUGAGUCUGUCAGCUGUUGAGUCCCAAGCACCCAUGCAACACAGAGGUGAUAUUUGGUGCUUUUGCUAUUUUUUUGAGUUUUUGUUUGUGUGGCUUUUUCGUUUUGACUGUGACUUGUUCUUCGUUUUAUGGGACUGGCUUAUGACUAUGGCUUGCAACUCCAUUUUUGUGACUGUGGCUUGCGACUUCGUUUUUGUGACUUGUUUUUGUGACUGUGGAACCCUGUUCAGCUACUGAUUGACUUUGUGGCUGCAGAAAUGGAUAAAAGCCCCCAACUAAUGACUAUCAUCAGUGCACAUAAGGAAAAAAAUUAAUUUUAAUUUUUAUCAUCUACAAUACUGUCUUAUUUUAUAGUACAGUGCAUUGAUUAUUGCUUUCAUUUUAUGGAUCAAUGGUCUCGUUAGACAGUAAAAUUCAUGUUAAAUUGCUGUUUUAGGGGUUGUUUUAAAAGUCUGGAAUGGAUUAAUCCAUUGUGCAUUACUUUCAAUGGGAAAGCGUGCCUUGGUUCUAGAACACUUUGGUUUUGGAACAGACUUCUGGAACUAACUUUGGGAACCAAGGUACCACUGUAUUUCCCUUCCCUAAAAAUGGGUUUCCCGAUUCACUUGUUUUAAUAGCUUCAAAAUAAGUGAAAUCCAGUAGUGAGCUGACAUCUACUGGCUGAAAGCUGCAAGUUGCAUUAAAACACAAAAAACUGCAUUCAUUUCAAGCAAUCCUUUGCAAAGACAGAAAUCAGCUGGAGGGAUGACACUAACCAGGAAAUGCAUAAAUAAAACAAAUAAAUAGCAAAUGACAAUCAAGAAACGAAGAAUGCUAAUAGCUAAAAAAUGAAUAAUGUUAGUGAGAGAACAGAGAGGAAAACAGAGUUAAGGAACAUAUUAGCAUGUGCUAUAUUAAAUUAGGGUUAAUGUCUGUGCUUUAAGUGAUCAACAAAUAACGUCUUGCAAGGCUUCUACUGUUUUCAGAGAAGCAAAGAUUGUGCAGAGACCAUUUGCUUUCAUUUAACAUCUCAGGUUUUGAAAUGCUUCAGGUGGUGAAUUUUUGCUUGGAUCUACCACUCUCAGUUGGGACGCAGGUGGCACUGUGGGUUAAAACCACUGAGCCUAGGGCUUGCCUUGCCGAUCAGAAGGUCAGCGGUUCGAAUCCCCAUGACGGGGUGAGCUCCCAUUGCUCUGUCCCUGCUCCUGCCAACCUAGCAGUUCAAAAGCAUGUCAAAGUGCAAGUAGAUAAAUAGGUACCGCUCUGGCGGGAAGGUAAAUGGCGUUUCCGUGCGCUGCUCUGGUUUGCCAGAAGCGGCUUAGUCAUGCUGGCCACAUGACCCGGAAGCUGUACGCCGGCUCCCUCGGCCAGCGAGAUGAGCGCCGCAACCCCAGAGUUGGUCAUGACUGGACCUAAUGGUCAGGGGUCCCUUUACCUUUUACCACUCUCAGUUACUAAAAGUUUCAUUUUCAGUGACCUUAUUUAGGAAAUAAUUAAGAAGCAACCAACAAUGUACCAACUUGUAAAUGUGGCUGAUCAUCGAAUUUCAAAGCUAUUGUUAACACAAAAAUUGUUUGUAAAUGGAUCAGUAUCUUAGCCUCUGAUUUUUGGCAAUUCUACAUAAACAUUCUAGCUUAAUACGCACGACACAACACCAAGAAUUUUCAAACUUUUCAUGGACUAUAUGCCAAUAGAUACUACUGUAACUGACAUUCCAGAAUGUAAAGAUUUACACCAAACUGGACUGUACAAACAUUUUAUACAGCAUUACCUUGUAAAUCAAAUGCACCAUAAAUCUUUCAAGAUAAUCCAAUAAAAAACAAAAAUGUUGUACAUUGCACUUUUUGAUGGAGGAACUGUGUUCCUAAUAAAAGUUUCCUUUUGCAAAACUCAGGAGUAUGUCAUAGAACAGAGCUAAGCAUUUCACAGCUUUUCAGCUAUUAAUAGGACUCCCAGCUAAAAGGUCCCAAUAAAUAAAGACACAUACGGAAGUCGCAGACACAUAAAAAAGAUGUCUUAUGAAUACAGUGGUACCUUGGGUUACAUUCGCUUCAGGGUACAGACUCCGCUAACCCAGAAAUAGUGCUUCAGGUUAAGAACUUUGCUUCAGGAUGAGAACAGAAAUCAUGCUCUGGCAGCGCAGCAGCAGCAGGAGGCCCCAUUAGCUAAAGUGGUGCUUCAGGUUAAGGACAGUUUCAGGUUAAGAACGGACCUCCGGAACAAAUUAAGUACUUAACCCGAGGUACCACUGUACAUAAAUGUGGAACUGACACUGAAAGCCUACCCAAGUAUGGAAUAAGGCAGACACACAGCUGAGCUGAGAAUCAUUUCUGCAGUUACUGAAUGGUCUCUGGAAAACUCAGACUGGAGCCCACGACAGUGAUAUGCAACUCUAAUUCUGAAUCUUCUUUCCACAUCCCUGCUGUUUUCAUCAACAGACCAUGGGAGUCUGUGCAAUAGCUGUGCUCAUUUGGUCCUGAAAUGAGCUAUGUGCUGCAAUACGAUUAGCUGCUUCAGGAAGCUAGAACCAGCCCAAUCCUAUGCAGAUUCAGGCAUACCAAAGCCCAUCAAAAUCUAUGGUCUUAGAUGUGCCUAACUCUUCAUGGGAUCGCAUUGCUAGCAUAACAAAAUCGGACACUGUGAAUAAAUUAUUCUAUCUGGAUGCACUGGGAAUCCUUAGCCUGCUGUUGCUCAUGGCAGGCGAGGCAAUUAGAUAUUAGAAAACUCACGAGGCAUAAAUUGACCCCAAACUUACCUUUUAGACCACCAGCAACAAAUCUAUGGCUAUCCAGAUGUUGUUAAGGUAUGUUUCCGAGCACAAUUCAAAGUGUUGGUGCUGACCCUUAAAGCCCUAAACGGCCUCGGUCCAGUAUACCUGAAGGAGUGUCUCCACCUCCAUCCUUCUGCCCGGACACUGAGGUCCAGUGCCAAGGGCCUUUUGGCGGUUCCCUCACUGCGAGAAGCAAAGCUACAAGGAACCAGGCAGAGGGCCUUCUUGGUAGUGGCGCCCACCCUGUGGAACGCCCUCCCACCAGCUGUCAAAGAGAAAAACAACUACCAGACUUUUAGAAGACAUCUGAAGACAGCCCUGUUUAGGGAAGGUUUUAAUGUUUGACAGACUAUUGUAUUUUAAUACUUUGUUGGAAGCCGCCCAGAGUGGCUGGGGAAACCCAGCCAGAAGGGCAGGGUAUAAAUAAAUUAUUAUUACUAUUAUUACUAUUAUUAUCAACCCUGAUGGAGCUGGAGUUCAACAACACCUGGCACAUAGCUGUCAACUUACAGAUUUGAAAAUAAGGGACCAGCAGCCUUGAAAAUAAGGGACCUGCAGCCUCACCUGUUCCAGGCACUCCAGUCUUCCUGUCCUCCUGCAGUCUGGUCAAACUCAUGCUGGUAGCUCCGAGAACACUGUCCAACCAACUUUGUAACUAGAGGUUCAACUGAAUAGAAUCUGAAUCACAUGCACCACAAGGCCUAUGCAGCCUCAACUUAAGAUGGCUCCCCGGCCUGGCUUUGCACUGCAAAGUUUGCAGCAGCACGUGCAACAAAAUGGCGUCCAGCAUUCAAAAAACCCCUCAGCUUGCAUUAACUAGCCACACACAAGGCAUGCAAGCUCCACCCCCCAGUCGUUCUUAGACUUCUUAUUGGGUGAGCAACACAGCCAAGCAACACAGUUGGAUCCCCCCUCCUCCCUGGCCGGCAGGGAGGAAGGGAGAGGAGCUGCUUCCUUUGAAAUUUAAGGGACAUAAUUUAAGGGACAUUUAAGGGACAUCCAUCAAUAAGGGACAGCAGCGGGACAUGGCACUGGAAUAAGGGACUGUCCCUUCAAAUAAGGGACACUUGACAGCUAUGAUCUGGCAGAAGGCCACAAGUUAGUCACCUCUGAGUUAGGCCCACCCAUAUCAAGUAGGAUAAUUCAGUUUGGGGCAGCAUGUGCAAUCAAGGAUGUCCUGGCUUGAAGUCCAGUCUUCUGCCAUUUCCCCCAGAAUGGAAACAUUCCAGAUUCAAUGUAAAUGACACUGAAAUAACAACACGCAGGAUUGCAACCUUAUGAGAAUAGCACAGCUCCAGUUAAGCUUAAUGGACAUAAAAUGAGUCUCAAAAGCCCUACUCACAGGCCUACUCGCAAAUAGUAUAAUCUUGGUGUCAUGUUCCUAGAAGGAAAGGCUAUGUUGUGUUAGAUCUAUGCACCCUUUACUGUAUAGUUCAGAGUUUGGGGCUGCAAUCCUAUAGCAAACAUUAUGUGAGUGUAGCUGUUUGGGAGAUGGGAGGAAAGGGAUCGAGUGUGGCUUGUUACCACGGUUAGCUCAGAGAUGGGAGAGAAUUGCAGCUGAGGGAGAAGUGUCAGAGUGGACAAUUGGGAAUGAAAGGGAUGAGAGGUUUAGGGAGCCAUAAGCUGUCACCCUAUGUCCCCUUGCAUAGGAGUAAGCCCUCCUGAAUGCAACAGGACUAACAUUUGAGUAGACAUGUAUAAAGGUAAAGGGACCCCUGACCGUUAGGUCCAGUCGUGACGGACUCUGGGGUUGUGGCGCUCAUCUCGCUUUACUGGCCGAGGGAGCCGGCGUACAGCUUCCGGGUCAUGUGGCCAGCAUGACUAAGCCACUUCUGGCGAACCAGAGCAGCGCACGGAAACGCCGUUUACCUUCCCACUGGAGUGGUACCUAUUUAUUUGCACUGGUGUGCUUUCGAACUGCUAGGUUGGUAGGAGCAGGGACCGAGCAACGGGAGCUCACCCCGUCGCAGGGAUUCAAACUGCCAACCUUCUGAUCAGCAAGUCUUAGGCUCUGUGGUUUAACCCACAGCGCCACCCGCGCCCCUAGACAUGUAUAGGAUUGUGCUAAGAGUGUUCAUUCUGCUCUGAUUAUACAGAUUAUUGAUACUGAGAUAAGGGGAACCUGUGGCCCAAUUUAAGGUGCUCACACUAGUUUAAAGCCCUAAACAACUCAGACCCCAAAGACCUGACAGCCUCCUCCUCCUUCCCUAUAAAUCCUCUCAGAGGUUAAGAAUGGCAGAGGGGGCCCUACUGGUUGUUUCCCCCACCUCAGAAGGUCAGGGACGUGGUGGCCCCUAAGUCAUGGAACUCCCUCCCCGAAGAGAUGUGUCUGGCAUCUUCAUUAUGGCAUUGUGUUUUCACGGUUAUAAUCCACCCUGGGACCUUAGGGGGAAGGGCAAGUUGACAACAAUAAGGCUGGACUUCAAUGGCCGUUAUCGCUGACCAUUGGGCCAUGGUGGCUUGGGGCUGGUGAGAGUUGACUUUUAACAACAUCUGGAAGACCACAGGUUCCCCAUCUCUGAUUUAUGGCAUUGUACAUUUUGUUCAUCCAAAAUAUUAAUAACCUGUCAUCCAAAACAAAUCCUGCACCUGUUUGAGCAAAGUCCUGGAGUGUAUUGCUUUCUAAAUGAACCUAUGUUGGUAGGAGAAGAACACAUAUGACCCCAGGAUAUAUAUUUUUAGACGUAACACCACCCUGCAACUUUUGUCCUGCAGCAAACAUUUCCAGCGAGGCUCUCCUGUUUCCACCAAAUCUAAACUAUCAUGGCACGAUUGCUAUUUGUAACAUCAUUCCAGAAAGGUUAAAAUGACAUCGUAGAACACUUUAACUAAUCAUUGGGCUAUGAUCUAUUACUGGCUCAGUGAAUCUAAAGCAACCAUCACACUCCUCUGAGUGAAAAUGUACCACAGACACAACAAAACAGCAAUAUCUUAUAUUCACAUCAACAAGGAAUCCAUUCAUGGAGACAGGCAUAUCAUUCUGGAUCACAUGAAUCUCUUUUCAAAAGGUUUGCACUGACAGACCCUGCUUUCCCAACCAGAUGGAAAAAAUAAGCAUUUUAAAAAACCAAAUGGGACUGAAAUCUCUCCCCACCCUGAAAUAUAAGUACUUGCCAGCAGAACAUGGAAACUGUCCUAACUGCAAAAGACAAAUCCCCAUUUUGUAAUAGGACGCCCUAGAGCAGCAAUGGGGACAUUUGGCUCUCCUUAGAUUGCUGAACUACAGUUCCCAACAGCCCUAGCAAGCAUGGCCAACAGUUGGCGCAGGAUGGGAGUUGUAGUUCAGCAACAUCUGGAGGGACAAAGCAUUGCCACACCUGUCCUACAGGAACAAUUUAAAACUUCCCAAGUUUAACAGUGCACUCCUACAGGCAUUUACUCAGAAGUCAACCACACUCCCUAGUUAAGUCAGUCAAACCUAGGCUGUGUACCUUUACAGCACAUUCAAAGGACAUUUUUUCCUCUCAAAAGAAUUCCGGACCAUAGCUGUCAACUUACAGAUUUGAAAAUAAGGGACCAGCAGCCUUGAAAAUAAGGGACCAGCAGCCAAAAUAAGGGACCUGCAGCCUCACCUGUUCCAGGCACUCCAGUCUUCCUGUCCUCCUGCAGUCUGGUCAAACUCACGCUGGUAGCUUCGAGAACACUGUCCAACCAACUUUGUAACCAGAGGUUCAACUGAACAGAAUCUAAAUCACAUGCACCACAAGGCCUAUGCAGCCUCAACGUAAGAUGGCUCCCCGGCCUGGCUUUGCACUGCAAAGUUUGCAGCAUCACGUGCAACAAAAUGGCGUCCAGCAUUCAAAAACCCCCUCAGCUUGCAUUAACUAGCCACACACAAGGCAUGCAAGCUCCACCCCCCCAGUCGUUCUUAGACUUCUUAUUGGGUGAGCAACACAGCCAAGCAACACAGUUGGAGCCUCCCUCCUCCCUGGCCGGCAGGGAGGGAGGGAGAGGAGCUGCUUCCUUUGAAAUUUAAGGGACAUCAUUUAAGGGACAUUUAAGGGACAUCCAUCAAUAAGGGACAGCAGCGGGACAUGGUGCUGGAAUAAGGGACUGUCCCUUCAAAAAAGGGACACUUGACAGCUAUGUUCCGGACACUGUAGUUUGUUAAGGAUUGCUGGGUGUUGCAACUCUGUGAGGGGUAAACCACAGCACUCAGAGUUCUUUCAGGAAAAGAAUACACUUUAAAUGUGCUUUAAAUGUAUGUGUAUGCAGCCUGCAUAUCACCUUUCUGUAAACAUUACAAUAAACCUUUAAAUAUAUAUAUAUAUAAAUACAUAAACAAUAGAUUAUCCAUGACAUCUCCCUACUGAAGACAGCUAAAGGAGAAACAGUAAGUGCAUUUAGGACUGCAGCCUAAGUCACCAGCUCUUACGUUUCAUGCCUUUGCCCCAAACCGACACUAAAAUGGAACUUUUAUUUCUGAUGCCAUUUCAUUAAUGCAUAAAAACAGCAGAGGGCCCCAUAACCAUCUAACUGCAAUUGCAUUGUUAGAUCAGUUCUGGGACAGAUCAUUACAGAUUUAGGCAGCCUCCUCCCAACAGAAACCUUACAUACACGACUACAGGGUCUCCAAGUCAAUUUGCCCAACCCUUUCUCACAAAGAAGGGGCUUUUAACAAACUCACCAAUCAGAGUACAUGCAUACACAUAAGAAUGAAUUAAUGCCAUCAGGUGUAGCACCCUUGGCAAAUGCUUUGACUGUGCUAAUUAGAGCCACCUGGACUUUUCUAGUCAGCAAAAUAAUUCUGUUUCAUAGGUAAGGUUACAAGUUUUGCUUUAUAUUUUAAAGAGGACUUUUUAAGGAAAUGCCAGGAGAGAGAACUACCUGUUGCAUUAAACCAGUUGUCUUUAACAUUGCUGUGGAACACAAUGACAAAUUCCAAUAAAGGGUGGGCGGGUGCUUUUAUUGAAAAUAUAAAUAAAAGAGCAUUAUUUAGCAAUUGUUAUGGCGGGAGUCCCAUCACAAGCAUACAUCUGUGAGGCCUUUCUUCCUCUCCUCCAUGACAUUCUAGACAUUAUUCCAUCCUCCAUUUUCUUUAUUAUUAUAAAUUUUUAUUGGAAAUUUUAUUUACAACAUAACAUAACCCCCCACCCCCCAAUACAGAUAUCCACCCUCAUUAAAUGUGAACGUAACAUACAAUAUGCAUAACAUACAACAAUACAAACAACCAGAUAAAAUACAUUUUCAUAUUUAACGCUGGUCAGAGAUGCACAGUUCACAGCUUCUCCUGGGCAAAGUCAGUGCAGGAUUUGUCCCCGAAUAGUUGGAUCUCAUUUGGCUCCCAUAACAUCAAUAUAAGCUCUCUGCACAACUUACUUUUGUAAGUAAACGCCAUCUAACUUAAUGGAUGGCUGAAUAAACUUGCAUCUAAGAAGGCUGCAAUAAAAGUUAGAUAAUCAUCCACACAAAUUUAGAUAAUCAUCCCUGUAACACUAUUACAGGAAUAGGAAUCAAUGCUUACGUUGAUUUAAUGUAAAUCGGGGGAAGUAAUGUUUGGACAAGCUAUAAUCUCCACAUCUCCCUUUAUUUCCCAUAAGCACUACUCUCUGACUUGCUUGCUUAAUGAAAUAAAUUAAGACACACAACCACUCCAUAUGUAGCUAAACUGAAAUACAACUAACAUGCUAUUCAAUUAUUCUGGGUAGGUUUUUUCUUUUCUAAAACAAACUAAUAUGGGAAAAUACCUGGGCAGGUGUUGCCAUUGUGAAAUUACAAACUGCAGAUGUGGCUGCAGUGAAAAGGCAAAGGGAAAAGUUCUGAUUUGCUGUGCUUCAGAGGUCUGCUUCUUCCUUACAGGUAAGUUGCUGGGCUGGUUCAAGUUAUAGCUCUCAUUUCCAACUACUUUUAUUUUUUAUCUCUCUUUAUUCCCUGCUGGAUCAGAAAAUGUGCAUGAUGACUUGUGGCUUGGCUGCCACUGCUAGGAAUGACAUAAUGAAAAGAAAAAUAUUUCCUAAUUAUGAGAUGGUUCCAUAAAUAAUCAGAUCCACAGUUAGUUUUGCUUGCAAAAGACAAAAGGAGGAACUGAUGAAAAUAUAUGUCUUUGCAAACAAAAACAAGCUGUAUUGAACUUGGUAGGAUAUACACAUUUACAGUUACCAUAUGUCCUCUUUUUCCAGGACGCGUCCUCUUCUUUAUGGAUAUGUAAAAUGAUGGCCACCGGUUCUCCACCAUGAUUUAGAUGUUCAGCUCUGUGCCUUUGGGCAAAGGGUUGGGUGAAAUGUCCUCCCCUCUUCCAGCAGCGCCCCAAAAUAUUUUGUUCUAAUCAAAAUAUUGUCCCUUUCUGGUUUUGGGCUGUUGAUAUUUACAAACAGGCGCAGCUGCAUGGUCUGUAUUUGUUACAGACAAGUGAGAAACCCAUAGUCUAAACUCUGGCUCCUGGAAGCUAGUGCCAGAUCUUCAAUGCACCCUAGAGGCAAAGGGCUUAAGUCAAUUUACUCACCUUACUUUGGGGGGCCUGUACAUCUUAUCAGAAGCACAGGCUAGCUCCCACUGUCCCAGAGAUGUCUAUGACCCUGCUUGUUAUGGUGGUUGGUCCCUCUCUGCUUCUGGGUUAGAAGCCACACCCUGUUGGCUCCUCCUGCUUGUGCAUAGGAAAUAUCAGCAGGAAUUGUGGGACUUGUAGUUGUUGAGAGACUGUGUUGCAUGUUAAGUUCUGGGUGAACAUAUCAGACGACACAGCGAUUCUUCAAACAGCUCUUGUUUAUUCACAGGCCAGAAGUGAACUGAACUGAAGGGUUCAGCCAGCCUGCUUAUAUAGAGCUCCACUAGAACGCAACAGUAACCAUUUUCUGUAACUAUCCAAUCACUGAAUGUCACUUUCAAUCCCUUAUUUGCAUAUGUGGACCUGAGUGAAAACUAUCUACAGUAUCCCCCUGCUGGCCCAGGGUGAGAACUUCAGUACAUAACAUUGCAUAAGGAGGCACAUUUCUCUCGGUUGACUUUCCCUCUACAAGUGCACCCGAGAAGGGGUACAGCUGGCAGCUUGCUGUUGAGAACCUUGGCUUGGUGUUUUCUUACUCAGCUUCUGCUCAACAAUAGGAAAUCUUGAAAUACCUGGCCACAUCAUAUAGAUGGAGGAAAAGCAUGACCAAAUUGCUUGUCUUACAAUUUUGUUUUUCACUUCAUCAAAAAGAUUCCAGUGCAGUUUAAUGCAUGAGAGGUUGGGUUUUCUAGGUAAGCAACUUCAAGGUUUGUUGCCCACGUUUUUGCGUGUGAUGCAUGCAGUGUUCUGACAACUAAUUGUAACAACAACCUCCAAAAUCUAGUUAAGUUCUGCUGUUGAAUGACACGAAACCAUGAAUUUUAUUCCGAGGACUAGCGAGACUUCUUAAAAGUCAGGAACGUUGGUUAAGCCAGCUAGGAAAUUGGGAGCAUACUGCGCCAAAAUACUAAGAGAAAGGAGUAGUAGCUUUGUAGCUAGGAGAAACAUGCAACUGUAUGGAUAAGCACAACUGACCCAAUGCUCUACAUCAGACUGGAAAUGAUUCACAAUAUUGUCCCAAAAACACUUUGGGAUGUGACAGCAACUGUUUUGAAGGUUGUUGUAGUACAACAAAGACGUUCUCCCCCAACCAAAUGGUAUGCAGGCACCUGCCCAUCUAUAUAUGAAUUAAGUCUGUUGUAUGACUCCUUAUUGCAAUAGCUGUGUUGAACCUAGAUUCCCCUAGUGUGCUAGUACCUUAAUUAACAGUUGCUUUGAAUAAAAUUCUAUUACGUUUCUUAGAACCUCUUAAUCCUCGCUUAAUUACAAGCUCAAUUUUUCCUCCCAGUACUUUGUUUCUCUGCUGUACCUCCUGAGUGAUUGGCUUAUGGCAGACUCUGAAUCCAUAGCCAGAUGGCUUGACAAAUUGGCUGACAAAAACUCAGUUGUGUACAGAGUUGAAGUUGCAAUUAAUUUGGGCUUUCUACAAUCCAUAUCUAUCUAUCUAUUUACAGUAUAUCAGGAAUGGGGCACCGAUAGCUGGGGUCAAGAAGAGGUGGAAGUCCAAAAUCCUCUGCAGAGGCACAGAUCCUAAUUUGAAUAUCUGUUGUUGUUGUUGUUGUUGUUGCUGUUGUUGUUGUUUAGUCGUUCAGUGUCCAACUCUUUGUGACCCCAUGGACCAGAGCACGCCAGGCACUCCUGUCUCCCUCAGUUUGGUCAAACUCGUGCUGGUAGCUUCGAGAACACUGUCCAACCAUCUCGUCCUCUGUCGUCCCCUUCUCCUUGUGCCCUCCAUCUUUCCCAACAUCAGGGUCUUUUCCAGGGAGUCUUCUCUUCUCAUGAGGUGGCCAAAGUAUUGGAGUCUCAGCUUCAGGAUCUGUCCUUCCAGUGAGCACUCAGGGCUGAUUUCCUUCAGAAUGGAUAGGUUUGAUCUUCUUGCAGUCCAUGGGACUCUCAAGAGUCUCCUCCAGCACCAUAAUUCAAAAGCAUCAAUUCUUCGGUGAUCAGCCUUCUUUAUGGUCCAGCUCUCACUUCCAUACAUCACUACUGGUUUGAAUAUCUAUACCCUCUUUUUAUGUGACCUCUUUUGCUCAUCUUCAAGAAGUAUCUCCAGCUACUCGGUUUCUGUGGCAGUAUCUUGCCCUAGCUUCUCGAAGAAACUACAUGCAUGGCAGUUCUGAAGCAGACUUGACAAGUUCAUCCAGGAUUAAAGAUUCUAUGGCAGUUAGGAAGACAGUUGAGAGUCCUGGACAAAUAGCAAGGAAUCUGCAUGAUUCAGGGUGUGGAUGUAAGAAAUGGCCUCUUCUGACUCUUAGAAAAUAAUCUGGCUUUUUAAAUAACCCCUUUCCUAGAAUGACAAGCCAAGGGACACCAGGUAUGGCAUGAAAGCAAUAGCUGUCCCCCACAGUUUUGUCAUCCAUCAUCUUGCAUUCAAACACAUGCAACCUCUGGAAACUGGCUGAUGAUAUCCCUUCGUAUAUUUGUGGAUCCAUGCAGAUAUUGUUGGUUUAUGCUGUGGGGGGGUAGGUGGGGGUGACAGCUCCUCACUUUAUGCAAGAGUUCCUAUUUCCUUGGCAUCUUCUGAGUGAUGAGCCAUAAAUUUAUGUGCCCUUACUUUUUUUCCCCUCCUGAAUUUGGGUGGUGUUGUAUCUUGAACAUGAGAGUGACCUGCCAACGCGUCCAUGUCUUGAGUUUGGUUGUAACAAAUAAAAUAAUUCUGAUUCUGUGUUGUCCUCAUUCAGAAUGGCUUUUCUGUGAUGCAGCUUUGCUAAGCUCUUGAGAAGUAUGUAGGCAUCAGCAGUCAAACUUUGGCUGUUAGUGGUUCACUGUCCUAGAGACACUUUUUUUAUAUAUACCAAAAAUUUUUAAAAAUGGGGAUAUGAAUGGGAUAAACUCAUGGAUGUGUCUGUCAGAAUCCUGGGACAGAUAGAUACAAAUACAGUGGUACCUCGGGUUAAGUACUUAAUUCGUUCUGGAGGCCCGUUCUUAACCUGAAACUGUUCUUAACCUGAAGCACCACUUUAGCUAAUGGGGCCUCCCACUGCUGCUGCGCCGCCACCACGCGAUUUCUGUUCUCAUCCUGAAGCAAAGUUCUUAACCCAAGGUACUAUUUCUGGGUUAGCAGAGUCUGUAACCUGAAGCGUAUGUAACCUGAAGCGUCUGUAACCCGAGGUACCACUGUAUUACACUUUGGCGAGUCCUACCAGAGAGGCAUCCUGACUAACUGAUAACAAGGCUAAUUUCCUUCCUAGUGUUUGAAUUGCUUUAGAUGGGUACCCCAAAUCCCAUACCCCUUCCUGCUUCAUGUGCAGCUACCAACGGGCAGUGAAUUCUGCCUUCUCCCAUUGGCCAGGGGACCAAAGAACUGCUGGAAGGUGCUCUCUGCUCCACAAGCAUCAUGGCAAUGGGUAGAUCAACCUGGUCCCAUCCAUCAGUGAAGAAGAGGCUGCAGAUAUCUUGUUUGUGUCCCCCCGGUAGAAAACAUGCUUGUAAGAAACUUGAAACUAAGAACUAGUGCUUGACUAUGCUUUUUUCCUCCCCGCCAUCAUCCCCUCCUUUUCCUCGUCUUCUUGUAUAGUGUAUUUUAGACAGUAAGCCUGAGGGCAUCUUAUUAUUGAUCAUGGUAAACUGCUCUGUGAGCCUUUUGGCUGAAAAGUGAGGUUUUUAAAAAUGCAGUACAAAGAGCUACACAUGCAGUAGGUUUUUUCCCCCUCCCCCAACAUCCCCCAAGUUGACCAUAAGAGGGAUUGCUGCUCCAGGUAUCUCUCACCCUAGUUUUGCCAUCCGUAAAUGGGUUUUGCUAUUGAUUCAUGCACGAAACGUGUGCGUUUUGUAUCGCAGCGAAUGAUGCCUUUUUGAGGCUUUCCACCUUCUUGAAAACAUUGUUUAUCUAUAAUAAUAAUAAUAAUAAAUUUUUAUUUAUGCCCCGCCCUUCCCGGUUCAGAAAACCGGGCUCAGGGCGGCUAACAACAAAUUUAAAACACUUAAUUGAUGCAACAAAAAACAGCAUAAAAUACAGUAUAAAACGUGAAUAACAAUAAAUUCAGAAUUCAAAAAUCAAUUUAGGGGGGAAAUCCAUCCAAUAAAUAUUAGAUGAUCACCAGGGCUAGCUGGCUAAAUUUGUCCUAUUUGGGCCAGCGAGGAGACCAGGGGAGAAUUAGCUGUUGGAUCCCAGAGCGGGUAAUCUUCAUAAAAAGGAGAGGGAAGGGGAAUAAAAGAUCAGGCUAAGUUCAAAUUGAAAGCCAGGCGGAAUAGCUCUGUCUUACAGGCCCUGCAGAAGGAAGUAAAGUAAAGACAAAACAAUGAAUCAAUUCACAUGCCGUGGAUCGCUUUUCUUGCAGGUUCUCUGACAGAGAGGUUGACCUACAAGGCAACAGAUACGCGCUAGAGAUCAACAUGACUGCCCCAGGUCAGCAGCAUACGACAAUUGUCAACCCUCCCCCUCCAGAAUACAUCAAUGCCCAAGGAACUGGCCGCUUGACCAAUCAGCUUCAGUAUUUGCAGAGGGUGCUCAUGAGAGCGAUGUGGAGACAUAACUUCUCCUGGCCGUUUCACCAGCCGGUAGACGCUGCAGGCCUAAACCUCCCGGUAAGAGUUUACUAUGCUUAAACAGAAAUAUGAAUAGUUAAGGAAGAUGCAGGGAUACACGUGUCUGAACUUGUAGCUCAUCUUUCAGUGAGAAACUCUGGUGAUGCAAGCACAUCAGCCUUAAAGGUAAAGGGACCCCUGACCAUUAGGUCCAGUUGUGACCGACUCUGGGGUUGCGGCGCUCAUCUCAAUUUAUUGACCGAGGGAGCCGGCAUACAGCUUCCGAGUCAUGUGACCAGCAUGACUAAGCCGCUUCUGGCGAACCAGAGCAGCGCACGGAAACGCCGUUUACAUUCCCGCCAGAGCGGUACCUAUUUAUCUACUUGCACUUUGAUGUGCUUUCGAACUGCUAGAUGGGCAGGAGCAGGGACCAAACAACGGUAGCUCACUCCGUCGCGGGGAUUCGAACCGCCAACCUUCUGAUCGGCAAGUCCUAGGCUCUGUGGCAAAUUCUUGAACUUCCUCUCUCUCGCUGUUAUCACAUAUGGCAAACUGAAGUAGGUGUUCCUGCAUAAUAGAGCAGUCUUAUCCCUGACCAGGCGGCAAAAUGGUAUAGCCACUGUUGCUCACAUCAUCCAGAGGAAAGGUGGGGAUACGCAUAGCCCUGCUCAGUACAGCACCAGUCUCGAUUGUGUGGGAAUGUUGUGAACAGUAGGAGAGGAUAUAUUGAUUAAAUAUUAUCCUUCUUAACUUACGCUAGUGAGCUGGUAGCAGAGCACAUUCCCUUGCACAUUGCUGGAAGCAAGUUGGUCGAUUUGUUUGAAUCUCCUGAGUUAAGCAAUCCAGUCUGGCUUGUCCAGAUUGGAUUUCUUCCUGGUAAAUUCCCCUUUUAUCCCUCUUAAAAAGAAUAAAGCAAAGCAGUCUUCUCUUAAAAGUAAUAAGGAGUUUAUUCUCAUUCAGUUCACAGUAGGUUCCCUGAAGGGCAGGCUUUAGCUUGUAGUUACAGAAGAGCGUGUGGGUUAAUCUCAUAUGGGGACUGAGCCCAUGUGCUGCUGGCUGAGAGCCAGCAGACAGCAAAAGGCAUCAAGAUGGGUCCAGAGAAAAAUGGAGGAAACGGAAGGUGGCUGUGUGACCAGACCCUUUAUAGGAUCUGCCAGGGUCGCACCUGACCACACGCAGGGGUAGGAUGCUCCAGACCAGGUGUGACAGGAAGUCGUCCUGGCUGGAUCAACAUUCCCCUGUGUGUCUACUCUCGGCAAACAGGAAAUGUUGUAUUUGACUGCUUCGGUGAUAUUACACCCCACAGAUUGGACCCAAUGCCAUCAGCAGGGUUGGUCUGAAAUCUAGUGGAUUCUGGACUGGCUCCCGUGAAGUCCCAUUUUUGGGGCUUCCUGUGGACCAUUGCCCAGUGGGAAUCCCUCCAGAGCUCAGCACCAGAUGAAUGAUCACUCCAUGGAUGGAACAUGGUGGAGAGGUUUUGGGCUGGGUGAAAGGAGUUAUUUCUGUAUCCAUCUCACUUGGCAUGGUGGAUUGGGUUUUUGAAUUGCUACUCAAGUGAUUUAAGAGGAGGGCGUUUCUUCAUGAACAUGAGCACACUCCUUGUUAAUAUAGUUAAUAUAGUUUUAAAAAGUAUCAGUAAAAACGAGAGCAACCAUAGAUGGUGAGAUGCUCUUAGGAAUGCAGCUGUUGUGUAUUUCUAAAUACAAAUACACUGCGGUAUAUAAUGCAACUUUUAAUGCACAAUAAUAGAAUCUUAAUGCCGCAAGGCACCAAAUAUUAAAACAUAUCGCUAUCAAUUAUAAAUAAUUACAUCUGAUAAAGUAUAAGAUACUACUGUCAAUAAGAUUGAAGCAAAUUGGCUAGAAAUUGUCAUGAUAAAAGAAAAUCACAUACAUUGUAUAUGUAGGAAAUGGUCUGCAGCAAUGUGUGAAAACACCCUAGUUCAAUGUGGAGAAGCAACGAAAUAAUUACAGCUAUGUGGUAUUUAUUCUAUUUGAUGGCAAUUAUUUUUUCAGCAGUUGCUAUAUAAAAUAAAAAAAAUGAAAUCUCUAAGAACUUCUUCAUAAUGAAGAGUAAGGCUUCUCCCUUAAACACAAAUCCAUAAUUCAUACUUGUAAAAUAAUUAAUGUGACUAUAUUAUAUAUGGCCUUGCCCUCUUAAGUUCCCCUAUAUUAUAAUUAGUGCUAUCAAUCAAUUAAUCAAAACAUUCACAAAUUUCACUCUUCAACCUUCUUGGUCCACUAUCCAAUCAAUCAAAUUAAAAUACAUUGUCUCUGAACAAAACCUCUGUAUUUUAGAUACUGAAGGACGUGUAACAUAAAUUGAACUGGCAAAAAUUCACUCAUCGUAGGAAGAAAAGCCCAUAAUAGCUGCAUUUCAUUUCCUAUUACAGUAACUCAUUGGAACUGAAAGAAAGGAAAAGAUAGCUGUUAACUUUCAGCAAUACCAAUUACAAAUUUGCUGACCAAUUAAAAUAGGUCCCUUUUGAUUAAUCUUAAGUCAUCUUCCAGUUUACUGAAAGACUAUGUAAUCAUAACUGAUUUUGGUGCUUAUCAGUAUUCAGCCUUUUCUUUUUUCCUGACUAUUUAUUGGCUGAACUAUAACAUGCAUACUUCGUCUGUGGCCUUUCUCUUCAAAAAUCAUUGCAGGGCUUGGAUAUUGUCAGUGAAGGCUAAACCCCUCAGACACGUUUCUGUUUUUCUUGACAAACUCAAAUGGUCAGUUUGUCCAAAAGUGCUUUCAAAGUGAAUGUCACCUUACAUUUCUGGUGUUGGAUUUCCAAAGAAGCUGUCACUUGAGGUUAAUAUUAGAGGAACUAGCCCUGGGCCUCUUCUGCCUCUUCAGAUUUCUAAGGGAGACACUUAAAACGUAUUUCAUAUACAUGUAAGAGCAUUGUACCAUCAACCUUGGCUUGUCAUCUAUGAACAACUUUUUGGCGAAUGCUACAGACAAAAUUGUUCCUUAUCUGUACCUCUCUACCUGUGGCUGUGUGUCAGUUUCUUCCACUAACUGCUUGUCUGGAUUAAAAUAUACUUAUAUUUGUUGGGUCUGGGGGUGUAUAUAAACUAAAAUUCAGGGUGCCCCUAGAAACACCCCUAAACUGGGUACGCAGCUACAGUGCAUCUGGGUUUUACUUGGCCUUAAGCAUCGCGCUGUGGGUUAAACCACAGAGCCUAGGACUUGUCGAUCAGAAGGUCAGCGGUUCGAAUCCCCGCGACAGGGUGAGCUCCCGUUGCUCAGUCCCUGCUCCUGCCAACCUAGCAGUUCGAAAGUACGUCAAAGUGCAAGUAGAUAAAUAGGUACCGCUCCAGCGGGAAGGUAACGGCGUUUCUGUGCGCUGCUCUGGUUCGCCAGAAGCGGCUUAGUCAUGCUGGCCACAUGACCCACCCGGAAGCUGUAUGCCGGCUCCCUCGGCCAAUAAAGCGAGAUGAGCACUGCAACCCCAGAGUCGUCCGUGACUGGAUCUAACACUCAGGGGUCCCCUUUACCUUUACCUUUUAAGCAUCAACGAGGUGCUGGAGAAGAUGUUAAGAUCUAGGAACAGUUCUAUAGGAAUAGUGGGAAUAAUUCACGAGUUAAAUUGUUUUGGAAAGCUGUGUUUUGUUCCUAAUUAUAGAAGGCACAAUCACACCACCCCCGCAAUUCAUUAGCUGUCCGAAACCUUUCUCCAGAGGAAAAAUGUGUUUUCCCUACAUCACCACCUGCUUGCUUUAAGAAUUGCUCAGAUGGUGUGUACUUGACUUUAGCCAUAUAAAUGCCGUUUUUCCUCUUACACCCAAUCCACUGCCAUAAAUUAAGCAGAUUUCAGUAAGGCUUUGGACAGUAAGGUUAUAUUUUGCUCUGAACACCUUUUUUCAAUAUGCAAAAGUUUUCCCCUCCAAGACACAAGACAGGAGUCUAUGGUUACGGCAACUAACUGCGCUUCUAAGUCAUGGUACUCUAACAUUUCUUUCUCUCUCUCUCUUUAAAAAAAAACCUUCAAACAGGAUUAUUAUAGCAUUAUUAAAAAUCCAAUGGACUUGACUACAAUUCAGAAACGUCUGGAACACACAUGUUACACUUCUGCUGCAGAAUGCAUUGAAGAUUUUAAAACUAUGUUUGCAAAUUGCUAUUUGUAUAACAAGGUAUGUAUGAUGUACAGCCAAAGGUGGCAGUUCUUUGGAUUUCUUUGCAAUGGUCUAUAAGGGCUACUUGGGAUUAUUUAAUGUCAGCAGAAUCAUCAGUUGUUUUCAUAAAUAAUUUUUUGCCCGCCCUUCAUCCUAAGGUCCCAGGGUUGGUUACGACAAUUUAAAAUACAGCCUUUUUAAACAACUUAUAGUUGCAAAAGUAGAGUGGAUUCUUAAAACAGACAUUUAAUUGUAAUGAUGGGAUACUCCACUUCUGUUUUCUUUCUUUUUUUACUCUACUCAAAUACAGUACCUGAACACCAUCAAAAACAUGCAUAAACAUUUGCACACGUCUCCUGCUGCUCCACUUCCUGGCAGUUGUUCCACACACCCCCUCUCAAUUAUUUGUUAUAAAAGGUUUUGUUUCAUCAAAUCAUAGAAUUGUAGAGUUGGAAGGGAUCCUGAGGAUCAUCUACUAAUCCGAUUGGCUGCAGUGCAGGAAUAGGCAGCUGUCCCAUACAGGGAUCAAACCUGCAACCUGGGCGUCACCAGCACCAUGCUCUAACCAGCUGAACUAUCCAAGUUGGUGUUGUUGCAUUUGUGCACCCAUUCACCUAAACCAGCGUUUUCCAAACUUGGGACUCCAGCUGUUUUGGGACUGCAAUUUCCAUCAUUCCCUAGCCAUUGGUCCUGCUAGCUAGGGAUGAUGGGAGUUGUAGUCCAAAAACAGCGGGAGACCCAAGUUUGGGAAACCAUGACCUGUUCGCUUUGCCUGCUUCUAGAAGCAGCUAAACCAGGCUCCUUCAGUGUCCUGCCUCAACCUGCUUUACAUAUCCACCUUUCCUAUAAUCCGCAUCAAAUUCAGCUGCAUAUGUAUGUUUAAAGGUAAAGGGACCCCUGACCAUUAGGUCCAGUCGUGACUGACUGGGGUUGCGGCGCUCAUCUCGCUUUAUUGGCCGAGGGAGCCGGCGCACAGCUUCCGGGUCAUGUGGCCAGCAUGACUAAGCUACUUCUGGUGAAACGCACGGAAACGCUGUUUACCUUCCUGCUGGAGUGGUACCUAUUUAUGUACUUGCACUUUGACGUGCUUUCGAACUGCUAGGUGGGCAGGAGCAGGGACCAAGCAACGGGAGCUCACCCCGUCGCAGGGAUUCAAACUGCCGACCUUCUGAUCAGCAAGUCCUAGGCUCUGUGGUUUAACCCACAGCACCACCCGGGUACAAUUUCAGGAACGAGGCACUUUGCAGGGAAUGAAAACCCAUGUCUAUGUAACCUGUACUUCUAGGAUACUAAAAAAAAUUGUCCAGUAGCACCUUAGAGACCAACUAAGUUCGUUCUGGGUACAAGCUUUCGUGUGCAUGCACACUUCUUCAGAUUUCGUGUCCCUGCACACAAAAGCUUAUACCCAGAACGAACUUAGUUGGUCUCUAAGGUGCUACUGGACAGUUUUAUUUAUUUCGACUGCGUCAGACCAAGAUGGCUACCUUCCUGAAUCUAGAAUUCUAGGAUACAACUGUUUUGUAGGAGCUGGUGUUAUUGGAGUCCUUCAGCUGUUCCUAAGUCAGCUCUUUGCAAAGGGUGGAGACCUCUCGGAUGAGCUGCAAUGGAAACACAAACCCUGGGAUUGCUGCCAUAGUGCCCCAUUCUCUCUAAUGAGCCCUGAGCUCUGUGACUUAAAAAAUAAAAACAAACCAGUCCCUGCCCGCUGACUCGCAGCUGAAUGUAAUGUGAAUGUUAGUCUAGCAUAACAAGCAUCUUGAUCUCAUGUGUAAUGCUUGUCUUGCAGCCCGGUGAUGACAUUGUUUUCAUGGCCCAAGCGUUAGAAAAAGUCUUUCUGCAGAAAGUUGCACAGAUGCCUCCCGAGGAGAAAAUAGUGGUGGUCAAUAAAGGGAGAAGGAAAGGGAAAAGAACAGACGGUAAGAAAAGUAAUUGAGUGAAGGUCUGUGACUGGAAUGUGGCACCAAUGGAAGUGGCCAUAAAAUAUUGCAUUCUGGAGAGAAGCUUUUCCAAUGGAAAACAUCUAAAACAAAGAGUAAACAACUGAGACUUAUUUAUGGCUGAGGACAAGAUUUAGUAGUCAGAUUCGACAGAACUGUUGUAGGAUAAAGAAUAUGCUGCUUUCAGGGCUGAUUAAAUAUAGGAAAAUCGAACGAUUGAAGUGGGAAAUCUUACAUCUAACACAUGAGAGAUUAAAACAGGAAAUAUUGUAUCUAAGCUAUUGUACCAUAGCUUAAGUCUCUGAGCUGGUUCUAGUUGACAAACUUUCUUAAGAUUUUCUCCCAAUACAGUGGUACCUCUGGUUACGUACUUAAUUCGUUCCAGAGGUCCGUUCUUAACCUGAAACUGUUCUUAACCUGAGGUACCACUUUAGCUAAUGGGGCCUUCCGCUGCUGCCGCCGCAUGAUUUCUGUUCUCAUCCUGAAGCAAAGUUCUUAACCUGAGGUACUAUUUCUGGGUUAGUGGAGUCUGUAACCUGAAGCAUAUGUAACCUGAAGUGUAACCCGAGGUACCACUGUAUCUAAAUUAGGUUUAAUUCUAGUCUACCACUAAGGAAAUAAGGCCAAAAGCAAUCAGCGUUUACUAUAUGACAAAGGGACCUUACAAUAUUGAUAUAUUGUAAUAUAUAUUCAGUGCUGACAAUACAAAUGUACCUUUUAAAUGGUGCAUUGUGCUAACUGCUUCCUCUAGUACAGUGUUUUCCAAACUGGGGUCUCCCACUGUUUUUAGACUACAACUCCCAUCAUCCCUAGCUAGCAAGACUGGUGGUCAGGAAUGAUGGGAAUUGUAGUUCAAAACAGCUGGAGUCUCAAGUUUGGGAAACACUGAUCUAGUAGUACUCAUCUGACAUGUUUAAUGCCUUCUCAGUCAAAUAAGACCAUGAUGGAUGUUUUAGUUGCUCUAACAGUAGAUGGAUAAUUGGAAAAUAUGGAAGUACACAUAUAUUGUAUUACCAUUUGGAACGCUCAAGGGGGAAAAAUGCCCAAGAAAAGUAUUGCCAAUGUUAAAUAAAUUUUCCUGUUUUUUGUUUUGUUUUUUAAUUUAAUGGGGCUUAUUUAUCACUUAAUCAUCAAAACGGCUAAGCAUUUUACAUAAAACAAUAUCAUAUAUUCAAAAACAAUGCCCUAUAUCCAUUAGCAAUAUCAACGAUACCAGUAAAAUUGAAUUUUAAAAAGAAUUUGACUGUAGUUUUCAAAAUACAAGUGAAAUCAGCAUUUAAGAAAAUGUACCUAAUAAAAUAAAAUUGUGUGGUAAAAUAGCUGCCAAAACUAUGUGUUUAGUUAUAACUGUUUAUAGGAUGGGUUACUGCAAAAGUUUUGGGUGCACAUUGGGUUUAUUUUGGGGAGAAUCCUAUACAGUAAUACUAGACUGUUGCCAUUUGGGGGUGGAAUUCCAUCACACACUGGCAAGUUCAGAACGCACAAUUCUAGUUGCUUGGGAGGUCUUCUGCAACAAAUCUGCUUUCCUAAAAGAUCAAGCUUUUUGCAGUAAGUAAAGUGAAGGAGAGAUACACUGGAAAAGGUGGGAUAACUCUUGCUUAGAUGCAACCUCAUCUCAUCUCCCCACAAACAAAUCGGAACGAAUACUUACCAUACUUUUCGCUCUAUAGGACGCACUUUUUACCCUCUAAGGGGAAAUGUGUGUGCGUCCUAUGGAGCGAAUGCAGGCUCCUUGGCUUCAGUGAUAGCAACGGGAAGCCUCCGAAGCACAGAGGGAGCGCUCCCUCCGCGCUCCGGAGCCUUCGCGUUGCUUUCGCUGAAGCCUGGAGAGUGAGAGGGGUUGGUGCGCACCGACCCCUCUCGCUCUCCAGGCGUCAGGGAUAGCCGCCUGAAGCCUGCGGAGUGCAGCGCGAGUUCUCACUGCGCUCCACAGGCUUCGGGUUCCUUUUGCUGAAGCCAGGAGUGCAAGACUCUCCUGGCUUCAGCAGAGAGGGAGAGCUGCGCAGCGCCCCUUCAGCCAAGCGGGAGGAGAAAUGGAAGGGGCUCCGUUUCUCCUGCCGCUUUGCUGAAGGGGCGCUGAGCAGAGAGGGGGAGAAUUUUUUUUCUUGCUCUCCUCCUCUAAAACAAGGUGCGUCCUAUGGUCGGGUGCGUCCUAUAGAGCUUAAAAUACGGUACUUAAUUAGCUGACAUAAUCUAAGCUCUCUGCAGACAAAUCAUGAUACAAACUGUGAGUGCUGAUACUUAUAGAGGAAAAACAGCUCCACCCCUAUACACAAGGAAAGUAUCGGCAUAUUCGGAGGGGGGGGGAUCCCAAAAUUUGCAGAAGUACCUCCAAAAGGCUUCCAGGCUGUGACAGUAGACGAGUUAGCAAAGAAUCUUUAAAAAGACCAGUUUUUGGAGCGCUGUUAGGACUCCUUUGCUCAUACAGCUUUGCUUAAUUUCCUUAGCGCCUGAUGCAGGAAUCCUGCAACUUAACCAAAGCCAACAGCCAAAACAGGCUAAGAAAGUGAAGCCGCCUCAGAUGAUGACUCUGGCGCCGCAGCAAAAUGCCCCAGAACUGUCACCGGUGACUCCGCCAUCAAACGUAAUGCCAGCUACUGAAAUGGCAGUGAAAGGGGUAGGUUCUAAAAAGGUGGGUGUUUUCCUGGCCAUCUGGUGGUAUGGCUUUUGGUACAGAGUAUAAUAUGGGUACCAAAAUGAAAAGAGGGAAGCUGGAGAUGUUUAAAAGAAUGGAAUCUGACCCCAUAAGAAGAUGCUUAACACAACAACAGAGAUGUUGGCCAGUGGUAAAAAGAUGGUAAAGGGACCCCUGACCAUUAGGUCCAGUCGUGGACGACUCUGGGGUUGCGGUGCUCUUCUCGCUUUAUUUGCCGAGGGAGAUUGGCAGGAGCAGGGACCGAGCGACGGGAGCUCACCCCGUCGCGGGGAUUCGAACUGCCAACCUUCUGAUCUGCAAGACCUAGGCUCUGUGGUUUAACCCACAGCACCACCCGUGUCCCAGUGGUAAUUACUGCUAAAUAUGAACUAAGGCCUCUGAAAUAAUUCUAGAUUUAAAUGACUGGAAACAAUGGAUUUAAAACUAAAUUUUAUUUUAUUUUUUACAAUAAGUUUUGUUAGUUUUCAGUUACAAUAAUCCAGUGGUAGCGUCAUCAUAACAAUGCCAAAUUAUAAUGCAAUUACUAAUCCCAAUCAUUCAGAUGCCAAAUUAUAUAAUUUAGGUGGCCUAAAUUGUUUCUGCGUUCCAAAAUCUUACUCAUCUCAAUUACAGUCCAUUCAAAAUAACAACCCCUUAUACAAAAACUGCAGUAUUAACAAUAUCCAUUCAUCUUGACACAUUAAAUUAUUUAGUUUAUAAGUGUAGCAUUCAAACAAUAUCCUUAUUCCUCCUGUGUGUGACAAUUAUUCUAUCCGUGGUGUUCUUCCUUGUCCUUGUGAAAGGUUAUAUCUUAUUUUUUCCUAGCCAUUGCUGCUCUCCAACAUGUCUUGGGCGGAGCUAAUAGCCCAUUGUUGUUUCAGAAGUUCUCCAUUACUCCUUCCCUGUGGUUCAUUAUUUUACCACUUCAACAAAACUAAAUUUUAAGAAGGUGGUGUGGUUCUUGCUGCUACACAACCUAUUAUUGCCCGGUGCUAAUUCGGUAUUGUUUCAGAAUCUCCAUUCAUCCCAGUAGCCGGACUCUGGCUUUGCUCACAUUAUUUCACGAUGGCAUAACAUAAUUAGGAUCUAAACUAUGAUUCUACGGCCAACAAAUGAAUGGAUUUUUCUCUGUGGCGCCUAAGAGGGCUCCUGUUGCAUCAUGGAUGGUGGGUCUUGACAAAUAACGAAAAAUUUAGCAAACCCAGAAGGCAGUCCACAACAACAGCCUAACAACAGUGCAAUGCUUGUUGCUGCACAAUGGGGGUGUGUGUAUGAGAUGACAUACUGUAGGGCACAGAUUAACUCAUUUGCGAGGGCCAAACACAAAGUGCUUUAAUCUUCCAAAAUCAUUUUCUUGAUGUAGAAGGAGCUACAGGGCCUGUUAAACAAGGAGGGUGCUGUCCAAUCUCAGGUGAGAAGGAGUUCCACAGGCCUGGGCCCACUGAAAUUGAACAGUGUUGGUUCAAGGCAACAAAUAAGUAUAAAAAGGAGAAUUCCGGAAUGCCUAGUUUGGGACAAGUACUCCUUGAUGAGAGAACCCCAGCAGAAAUUUUAAAUCACAACAAAAAUAUAUAGCCAAAUAUGUUUUCUGUGAACCGCCCUGAGACCUCCAGGUAUAGCAUAUAAACUCAAUUAAUAAUAAUAAUAAUAAUAAUAGCAAAGAAAAGCAUGGAAAUAUAGUUUGUUAGGCCUUUAAAACAAGCCUUUCCAAGUGAGUUCCUCUUCCCCAGCAUAGGAAAAGAAGACAUGUUUAGUAAGUUAAAAACUGUUUAGUUACAAACACUUCAAAGGUCAGGUUUAUGUGCUUUUCCAUAUCGGUCAAAAAGGUUGCACAGGCAGUAAAACUUAGUUUAGUUCCAAAGUGGUGAAAGUUCCUAAAUUAUUGGUAUAGGAACUCGAGAGUGGCUUGUGAGAGACAUGUGGUCUGAGUUUGGAGCAAUUAGCUCAGACCACACAUGUUGAACUUCUCAGGUAGACUGGUCAAUAGGCUUGAUUGCCCAUUUCCUCUCAAUGUAAGGGAAGUGGACAUAGCUAAGCCUGGCAGGACAGCUUACUCUAUGGUAUUAACCCCUUCAUGUACUAAUUAGUCUGAAGCAUGUUGGUUUAUAUGAAGGUGGUUAUCCCACAGAAUGCACAGCUCCUAGUAUGAGCCCUGCAUCUGAGCCAUAGGGGACCACAGUCUCCCCCCAAUAUCUCAGUGAUCAUUUUGGUGGUGAUGAGUACACUAACCAAGGUGGGGUGAGAACCACCUCACCUGGAUACAGUGCAACAACUAAAUAAUCAGUAUGCAUUUCCUGUAUAAAUGGUCUUCUGAAAGGGAAAUAAAUCUAUAGUGAAGUCUUGGUUUUUUUUAUCUCCCUCCUAACUUCCUAAAAGAUACUAAAUAUAUAUCUUAGGUUGAGACCUGCCUAUUUCACCCAAGUUCUUGGGAAAAAUCUGAAAGGAAUUGGCUGAAAUAAAUAAAGAAGUCUAGCAUCAUACUGGUCAUAGUUGGAUUUAUAACUGCUUUAUUUCAAAGGUUCAUCAAACAAAUGUGAAUGUUGUAGCUGUUUUCUUUAUUAAAGCCUGUGUUUCUGUAUCAAAAAGGGUGUGAAAAGGAAAGCAGAUACCACUACUGCCAUCAUCACAGCGAGCAGUGAAUCCUCUCCAUCGCCCAAUGAACCCAAAAUCAUCAAGAUCUCCUCUCGGGAAGAACGCGAAGAGUACCUCUCAAAAAGAGACUUGCCAGACUCCCAGCAGCCACUCGAACCCAUGAAAAAUGUCAGGCUAACAGAACCUCUGAAAUACUGUAACGAGAUCAUUAGAGAAAUGUUCUCAAAGCAUCACGCAGUGUAUGCUUGGCCCUUUUAUAAGCCAGUAGACGUUACAGCCUUGGGACUUGAAGACUAUCAUGAUGUUAUUAAGCACCCUAUGGAUCUUGAAACUAUUAAAGUGAGUGGGGGGGGCGCAGGGCAUAGUGAGUGCAUUUGGAGGCUAGUCCUGCGAAUUCUUCAAAUUUUGACAUUUGUAUUUUUGGAUUUUUAAAGGGUUAAAAAGAAGGCAAUUUCUAACAGCCACACAAGCUAGAGUAUGGAACAACUGAAGGCUGGCUGUAUUAUAUUUGCAGGGCAGGAGACGAAGUACUGGCAACCCCUAUGCCCAAACCAUUUCUCAUGCUUUCCCCCUGCCCCUUUCCCCUGCUGUACCAAUUGGCCCCUCAGCUGCCAACCUGGAGGAGUUAGAGGGUUGUAUCCAUACCCUAAGUGGCUCUUUGGUAACUAGCUAUUGACUGGGCUUUGGUGGAAGCAGCCAAGAUGAAAAUGUCCAAGGUGGAAGAACCUUUGCAUUACGAUUGCUCUUAAUAUCCAUCAUGCAUGCACUGUGUACUAAACACUGAGCAGAAGACUGGCAUGAUUCCUGCCAGAGGAGUCGAUGUACCAGACAUGCGUUGGGGAAGGAACAUAGGAUGAUGUGAAGCUGCAUUAGUCAGUCUAGCUCAGUACUGACCAGCAGCAGUUCUGAGAUUUCGGGCAGAGGUCUCUCCUAGCCCUACCUGGAGAUUGAACCUGUGAUGUCCUGCAUGCAAAGCAGCAAAGUGGUCCACCUCUGAGUGUACGAUUGACGCUCAUUUGUGGGAGGAAGAGCAUCAUCAGGGGCUAUUAAGAGAUGGACGGCUUUUAGAGAGCGCGGAGAAAGGCAGAAAGAGGGAAAGAUUUUGUUAAGCGUGGUGAGCAGCAGAAUGACCACCAAGGCAGAAACUGAAUGUGUGUUUUCAGCAUGUAGUGUAAUAAUAAUAAUAAUAAUAAUCUGGCUGGGUUUCUCCAGCCACUCUGGGUGGCUCCCAACAGAAUUAAUGAUAAUAAUAAUAAAGUGAUAAAACACCAGACAUUAAAAACUUCUCAAAACAUGGGCUGCCUUCAGAUGUCUUCUAAAAGUCAGACAGUUGUUUAUUUCUUUGACAUCUGGUGGGAGGGCGUUCCACAGGGCGGGCGCCACUACCGAGAAGGCCCUCUGCCUGGUUCCCUGUCACCUCACUUCUUGCAGUGAGGGAACCGCCAGGAGGCCCUCGGAGCUGAACAAUGGGGGUGGAGACGCUCUUUCAGGUAUACUGUAUGCUUUAACGAUCACUCUGGCAACUCUAUUUCAGUUUAAUAUGCAUUACCAAGCAUAUUUCCCCCACUUUCCGGAACCUUCUGCAGCUAGUGCAGGAGAAAUCACUCUUCCCCCUAUGCUGUGAACACAUUAGUCCACAGGUGGCAAAAAAAUGCAGCAUAGCCAAAAUAAUAAAAUUUGUUGCCAACGAUCUGUUUGUGAUAUCUGUAUCACCAUUUUAAAGUUUUGAGCUCUUCUCUAGAAACAUCAUAAGAUGUAAAUGUGUAUCGGUCCCUCUUUAAGUUGACUAAACAGUAUAUACUUGAUAAGCCAAGUACAACAGUGGAUGGCUGUUAGAACUUGCAAUAUCCUUAUUUGGGCAGAUAUCUGGGGUUCAGGUCAUAAUCCCCCACAUAUUAAAUUUAUAGGAUUAAAAUAAAUGGUGUCUGUAAUUGGCAUAUGUCGGAUAUGCAUCCCAGAAUCUGAAUCUUGAGAAACCCUUCUGUUUUCCACAGAAAAAGAUGGAGAAUUGUGAGUACAAAGAUACCCAAGAGUUUGCUGCUGAUGUCAGGCUAAUGUUUAUGAACUGCUACAGAUACAACUCUCCGGAUCAUGAGGUAGUAGCGAUGGCAAGAAAACUCCAGGUGAGUGAAUUAUUGAUACUAAAAAGCAGCAUUUUUGAAACUCCGCCGAGAACGCAGUUAAGUGCCUUUAAGCAACUGCUGUGCCUUGUUCUGAAACGGCAGAACUGUUAAAACAAUCCGAAACUUCAUCAUGGAGGUUUGUGAGACGGCUAACUUUCUUCUGUUAAGGAUGUCUUCGAGAUGCUGUUUGCCAGAAUUCCAGAUGAACCGGCUCCCUGCAGUCCUCUGCUCUACCCCACUGCAAGAAGCACAGCAGCUCUUUCCAGCGGAAGCAGCAGCGAUGCCGCCUCUGAGGAUUCGGAGGAUGAAAGAGCAAGACGUCUUGCAGCGCUCCAGGAUCAAGUGAGUGGUGAUGCACACAUGCGACCUAGCGGCGGUGCGUGCUUGCGAUUAGCAGAAUGGAUGGACCGCUGUAUUACCUCUGUUUAUUUCUCAGUGUCACAGAAUAACCUGCCUAGUUCCUCACCAGCUGUAGCUGAACAAAGCAGUAAAAAAAGAGGCUAACGAUAUUCCUGAUUGCACCAAACAAUUAAUGUAUGUUCAGGGAACCUGAUGGGGGGGAAGUGUCAGCUUUGCAUUUGAGCCAGGACCAACGACUGGGCUCAACCUCUUCAGCACUUCCAGAGACCUUCCACUGCAGGGAGCAGGUCUAAGUGCAAUGGACUCACAACUUAGAGCUGUGAGCACCAAACUCAGUUCCAAAAGUCUGUGGAGCACAGCAGAGUAUAAAUUACACGAACGACGGCUCUGAAGUAUUACUUCUUUAUUCUUCUACAGCUACUGCAAAACUAAAAUUAAACUACUAAAGACUAUCAGAGACGCUGGACUGCAUGAGUGUUACAGUUGCUUGAGCAGUCACCUUAUCUCUAUACAGUGGUACCUCGGGUUAAGUACUUAAUUCGUUCCGGAGGUCCAUUCUUAACCUGAAACUGUUCUUAACCUGAAGCACCACUUUAGCUAAUGGGGCCUCCCACUGCCACCGCACAAUUUCUGUUCUCAUCCUGAAGCAAAGUUCUUAACCCAAGGUACUAUUACUGGGUUAGCGGAGUCCGUAACCUGAAGCGUAUGUAACCCGAGGUACCACUGUACAGAUAACACUCAGACUCCUACAGGCUGGAGCGGAAGAAGCUAUGAGCAAAUUCCGCCCCCUCCUUUCUGAAACAUUGUCAGCAGAUUCUUGCAAUGGGAGGGGUGAAAUAUCCACAGGAAGUACAGUGCAUGUUGCUUAUUCGCUGCCUCAUUUCUGGUAAGCUGCUUCACCCUUUUGGUGUGGUGGUGUUGCAGGACAGCAGAGGCCCCUUUAAGGCCCUGACGUGGGAAUCUCGGGUUCAGCCUCCUCUCUGGAUAGGUGGCGUGGGCGUAAGCCCACACUGUCCACCGGGAGCUAGAUCUUAGCCUGCAUUCAGGAUUGGCAAAUAGGGGUACUAUCGUAAAACAUCCGUGUGUGUGUGUGUGUGUGGAUGUUACACACACACACAUAGACAGCCAUAUAAAAAUAUGUCGCCGUGAGGAUUUUCAUUGGAAUUUCAUCCGGCUAAAUAGUGCCAUUUGCCACUCUGAGAGAUACUGUUGACAAAAACUCAGCCCCCCUUGCAGUUAUUUCCGGGUUCAUGUCAGACAGAUAGAAUCCGAUAUUUUCAUUGUGCCCUGAUGUUAGACCGCCCAGACAAAAGGAUAGCAUGUGUUGUGCAAUGGACAGUAGAAAAGAAUAUAUUCUUCUGUGUCUGGCACAUUCAAAAAACAUCCGCAAUGUAUAUCGUUUCUGGAGAUGUUUAAAUAUCUGCACUUGACAAAAGCUGAGGGGAAAACAUUCAGAUGGGCUAACAUGAAGGACUGGAAUUAUUAAUUUUGAAAUAUAAGGCUUUUUUGUUUUGUUUUUACAAAAAGGCAAAACCCACAAUUUCCCGGUUGACUUAAGAUCCAUGACAAAGUGCCGCCUUUUGGGAAUUCCUUCCGGACGUCAAUGCCACUCUAAAAAUCACAGUACAGUGGUACCUCGGGUUACAGACGCUUCAUGUUACAGACUCCGCUAACCCAGAAAUAGUACCUCGGGUUAAGAACUUUGCUUCAGGAUGAGAACAGAAAUUGUGCUCCGGCGGCGUGGUAGCAGCAGGAGGCCCCAUUAGCUAAAGUGGUGUUUCAGGUUAAGAACAGUUUCAGGUUAAGAAUGGACCUCCAAAACAACCCGAGGUCCUACUGUAGUGUCUGGGAUAAUCCAGACGUGUAGGAGUCCUGGCUGUAUGAAGUUCAAAGAGUGUGAUAGGCACCAGAUCUGCAACCAUGUGGAUAAUGAACCACACAGAGUCAAGCCCCAUUGUGUCGAUCUUAAAUUAAGGAUCUGCCAUUACGGAAAUUAAGAUGGGGAUGUUUCAAUAUCUGUAACACACUUACAUUAACACUCAUCAGUCGCCUCUCAGUCUAAAAAUUGGUUUAAUCUAAAUGUUAUUUCCUUAUGUAUGACUGCUAGUGUCUGCUACUAAACAGCUUGCUUAUUCCCCCAUAAAUGUAAACUGUAGAAAAGCAAAGCAAAAGAUCAAUCUUUUCUAGCUGCCUCUCUCUCUCUCUCUCUCUCUCUCUCUCUCUCUCUCUCUCUCUUUUAGUACAGAGUGGGGAACUCGUUAUCUCUUUGAUAUGCUCCCUCUUUGUAGUAGGUUUCCUGCCGACUUUAAAAGAUGCAUGCAAAUAUUUUGCGUUUUAGUGCUCCCCCUUUUUCUCUUUUCUUUUAAAUAGCUUAAGGCUGUUCACCAGCAGUUGCAAGCUUUGGCUAAAACAACUUUACCCAGACUGAAGAAGAGGAAGAAAGGGAAAUCUAAGAAGGAGAAAAGAAAAAACAAAGUCAGGAAGAAGUCAGGCAGUCAAAAGAAGAGAAAGAUGAAGAAGCUGAAGAAGAAAAUGUCUUUGAACAUGUAAGAUUGCUUGUGGGUGUGAAAUUGUACUUGAAGCUGUUGGCACCGUAGUUAACUCGUUUUUUAUUUUCUCUCUUGCAGUCGUUCAAAGAAAAUCAAGCAGCAAGAUGAGCCAGGACACAAGUCUGAGAACGAGGAUAAUGCCAAGCCUAUGAGUUAUGAUGAAAAAAGGCAGUUAAGUUUGGACAUAAAUAAACUCCCAGGAGAGAAGCUUGGCAGAGUGGUUUAUAUUAUUCAGUCGAGAGAACCUUCACUGAGACACUCAAAUCCCGAUGAAAUGGAAAUAGAUUUUGAAACUCUAAAAGCAUCAACUUUAAGGGAACUGGAGAAAUACGUUAUGGCUUGUUUGAGAAAAAGACCCAAGAAACAUUACGGUGCGUCGUGUAAUGUACACGAAAACGUUAGGAGAAACUUGCAUUUUUUUCCCUAGAGAAUUGCUUGGAUUCUUGUUCCUGAUAUUUAUUUGCACCCCGCCCCGUUUAUUUCAUGCAGCAAAAAAAUCAAAGGAAGAGUCUGACUUUGAGAAGAAGCAAGAAUUGGAAAGGAGGUUGCUGGAUGUCAACGGGCAGCUCAACUCCACGAAGCAAAACACAAAACGUAGGUUGAAGCACGGAGGAAGCAGUUUAGAAAUAAUUGCGUGGAAUUCUCUAAAGGGUGGAGAUUCUGCAGUCCAAUCGCACAGUUGCCGGAACUGGGAAAGGCCAUAGCAGUGAGAUAAACUAUUGCACUGUCCUGUCCGGCAAGCAUUACAGGCAUUUGUUGUUGUUGUUGUUUAGUCGUGUCCGACUCUUCGUGACCCCAUGGACCAGAGCACGCCAGGCACUCCUGUCUUCCACUGCCUCCCACAGUUUGGUCAGACUCAUGCUGGUAGCUUCGAGAACACUAUCCAACCACCUCAACCUCUGUCGUCCCCUUCUCCUUGUGCCCCCAUCUUUCCCAACAUCAGGGUCUUUUCCAGGGAGUCUUCUCUUCUCAGACUCAGAGAGCCAGUGUGGUGUAGUGGUUAAGAGCGGUAGACGUGUAAUCUGGUGAACCGGGUUCGCGUCUCCGCUCCUCCACCUGCAGCUGCUGGGUGACCUUGGGCCAGUCACACUUCUCUGAAGUCUCUCAGCCCCACUCACCUCACAGAGUGUUUGUUGUGGGGGAGGAAAGGAAAGGACAAUGUCAGCCACUUUGAGACUCCUUCGGGUAGUGAUAAAGCGGGAUAUCAAAUGCAAACUCUUCUUCUUCUUCUUCUUCUUCUCAUGAGGUGGCCAAAGUAUUGGAGCCUCAGCUUCACGAUCUGUCCUUCCAGUGAGCACUCAGGGCUGAUUUCCUUCAGAAUGGAUAGGUUUGAUCUUCUUGCAGUCCAUGGGACUCUCAAGAGUCUCCUCCAGCACCAUCAUUCAAAAGCAUCAAUUCUCGCCGAAGAAUUGAGGCUUUUGAAUUACAGGCAUAGGAGUGUCAAUUAAGCCUAAAUCUCUUACAGUGGUGCCCCGCAAGACGAAUGCCUCGCAAGACGGAAAACCCGCUAGACGAAAGGGUUUUCCAUUUUGGAGGUGCUUCGCAAAACGAAUUUCCUAUGUGCUUGCUUCGCAAGACGAAAAUGUCUUGCGAGUUCCUGCAGGGUUUCCCCCCCCCCUUUUUCCCAAGCCGCUAAACCGCUUAUCAGCUGAUGGCUAAGCCGCUUAACAGCUGAUCGUUAAGCCGCUUAUCAGCUUAUCGUUAAGCCGCUUAUCAGCUGAUGGCUAAGCCGCUUAUCAGCUGAUCGUUAAGCCGCUUAUCAGCUGAUCGUUAAGCCGCUUAUCAGCUGAUCCACUAAGCCCGCUAAGCCGCUAAUACUGUAGCACUAAUCCGCUAAACCGCUAAUGGGCUUGCUUCGCAAGACGAAAAAACCCGCAAGACGAAGAGACUCGUGGAACGGAUUCUUUUCGUCUUGCGAGGCACCACUGUAUUAGUGCCUUGAACGUUGCUGCUUUCACACACGCACACACACACACACACGUACUUCCCCAAGUCCCAUGUUAUGUUCAGAUCUUCUCCCUGUGUUACAGCAGAAAAUAAUGCCGUAUCAAAGACCAUUGGAGGGCCAAGUGAAAGCAGCAGCAGCAGCAGCACAUCUUCUGACUCCGAUAGCACCAGCAAUGAUUCCAGCUCCUCCAACGGAAGUGAUUCUGAAUCAGGUGCACUCAUUUUCUUUCCCCCCCUCUUUUUUAUGAAUAAGCUUCUUGAAACAAUGUGCCUAGUGAAUCUUGCUCUGCUACUUAAACUGGGGGUGGGUCUAAACACAGGAGGAGGAGAAACGCUGUAAGUAAGUCAGAAAUUAGAUCGAAGAAAGUUCUAUGGAUAACCGUGUUUUAAAAUUUCCUGCUGUCUGGCGCCAUCUGGUGUUGCAUGUUUAUAGCGCAUUUAAAUCGCUGUUUCUUUCUUAAUAUAGCUGAGUCCUGGGACUUCUUCCACGCCGGACUCUUAUAUUGUUAACUGGGAGAGCUAAGUCUGUGUGAGAGAGGACGAGGAGCAGCUUUUUUUCCUCUGUGUGUUUGUGUAUGUGUAUUUACAACACACACCUGCUGUCCCAAUAAGAACAGGUUGCAAGAGUCGUUGCCUAAGGCACUUGUGGGUUGGAAGGACCUGAUAUAGAAAUGGGAGGGAAUAAUAAUAAUAAUAAUAAUUUAUUAUUUGUACCCCACCCAUCUUGCUGGGUUUCCCCAGCCACUCUGGGCAGCUUCCAACAAAGAUUAAAAAUACAUUAAAAUGUCACACAUUAAAAACUUCCCUGAACAGGGCUGCCUUCAGAUGUCUUCUAAAAGUCUGGUAGUUGUUGUUCUCUUUGACAUCUGAUGGGAGGGCGUUCCACAGGGCGGGCGCCACUACCAAGAAGGCCCUCUGCCUGGUUCCCUGUAGCUUUGCUUCUCGCAGUGAGGGAACCGCCAAAAGGCCCUUGGCACUGGACCUCAGUGUCCCGGCUGAACGAUGGGGGUGGAGACGCUCCUUCAGGUAUACUGGGCCGAGGCCAUUUAGGGCUUUAAAGGUCAACACCAACACUUUGAAUUGUGCUCAGAAACAUACAGAAUGACAGAGUGACAAAAGUAUCAACAGUGAAAAUGUAUGUAAUGCCAGCAUGCGUAUCCAAGUCUGAAUGUCUAAAUUUCUACGUCUUUUACAGAAAUGUGCCUGCAGCAAAAUGAAAAUGGGCAAAAGGAUUCAUUUUGCAGAGAGCAGCUUAAGGUAAACUCCCCCCCACCCUGGUGCUUAUAAAAUGUCCUCAAGUCUUCACUUAUUCUUUUUCAUCCCCUUUGACUGUUCUUUUGCACCUCUUCCUGAUAUGCUAGCACCUCUGAAUGCGAUAAUUGCAUUCAGCAGCAUCCUAUGCAUCCAUUUACCUCUAAAGAGAUGUCUGAUCCUGCCUGAAUCUUGUCCUCUCCCACAGUUGAGGACUACCCCCCCCCAAUUCUUCUUAGAGUCAGGAACACUUACUUCCGGGUUUGUAGUGUUUUGGUUCCAAGUUGUUUGAGUUCCAAGGUGUUUAAUUGUGGGCUAAAACCAUAACUAUAAAAAGACUGGAACCAUAAAUAUAAAAAGUCUUGGCAAGUAAAAGUCUUUAAGGCAACACAAAAAAUGGUCUUAGUUCUUUCAAGAGGGUUUUCCAAAUCUGGGGUAUCACUCCUGGAAAGGCUCUCUCAUUUGUGAUGUGCUGGCAACAUUUUGCAAUGCAGGCAACUCCCCAUUUACAUGGGGACCAUGUUCCAAGGCACCACCUGGGCCAGCCCGAUCCGUCCCUCCCCUUUCAGGCACCGAAAAUGGCAGGCAUGUGCCAAUCGCAUGCAAAUGGGGAGUAGCCUGUACAGGACUGGGUCAGUGAGUAAGAUGGUGUAAUUUGUUGUUGUUGUUUAGUCGUUUAGUCAUGUCCUACUCUUCGUGACCCCAUGGACCAGAGCAUGCCAGGCACUCCUGUCUUCCACUGCCUCCUGCAGCUUGGUCAAACUCACGUUGGUAGCUUCGAGAACACUGUCCAACCAUCUUGUUCUCUGUCGUCCCCUUCUCCUUGUGCCCUCCAUCUUUCCCAACAUCAGGGUCUUUUCCAGGGAGUCUUCUCUUCUCAUGAGGUGGCCAAAGUAUUGGAGCCUCAGCUUCAAGAUCUGUCCUUCCAGUGAGCACUCAGGGUUGAUUUCCUUAAGAAUGGAUAGGUUUGAUCUUCUUGCAGUCCAUGGGACUCUCAAGAGUCUCCUCCAGCACCAUAAUUCAAAAGCAUCAAUUCUUCGGCGAUCAGCCUUCUUUAUGGUCCAGCUCUCACUUCCACACAUCACUACUGGGAAAACCAUAGCUUUAACUAUACGGACCUUUGUUGGUGUAAAUAGCCCUGUUGAAUUCUUCCCUAGAUGCCUCUGCUAUAUCCAAGGAUGUCCUGCGCUAUUGUCCCCCAGAUACGGAACACUUCGCCCACCAGCAUGCAGUUUCAGAGAUCCACAGAAACGAGGAUCGCUCACCAGACACUGCAACAUACCCCUCUGAAACCACGAGAACAAAGCAUCAUCUCUCCUCCAGGUUGGUCUUCUCGGAAAAUGUGGCGAUUCACAAAAGAUGCUCCCCGGUGACUUUUGUAGGGCCGUGACUUGGCUUUCCCCACAGACAUGUACUCCGGGGAGGAAGAUUGACAUAUGCACAUAGCUUUUAAGUGGUCCCUGUUCCCUUGUGGAAUUCCGUGAGCGGUAUCCUGGGUUUCAUUUCCUUUUGGGUGAGAGAGCGUGGGAGACAUGGCGAGGUGUUUUUUUAUAAUAUUUGCUUUAUCUACAAGUUGCUUAGAAGUGGAGGCAUGGAUUUCAGAAUAAGCAUCAGUUGCCAGCUGAGAACCUACUUAUGUGUUGUGUGUUCUGGUAAUACAAGUUUAAACAGUAACAUAACUUCAGAAGACGCAUCAGCUGCCGUUAAGGAAAACUUAAGAUUUGUUUUGUCAAAGCCUGAAUUUCUAUCUAGAAUUGGCCAGAGUGACAGGCCCAUUCACAGUAAUCAUGGCAAAUCUGCAACGUAGAUUUAGCGCUUCCCAGAAGGCCAGAACCUUUCAAUUGUAUGUCACCCAGCAAGCAGUCAGUCCCCUCUUCACAAUCCCAUGAGUUUCAACCCAGGCUGCAUGGACACCAUCCUAAAAGUUUAGAGAUCAGUUUUGAUUGUCACCCGUGGCUGUGUACAUGCUCAAAGAAAAACUGUUUGCUAUUUGUGGUGGGAGGCUGCGGCCCUGGCAAAGAUCUGCGCUGGGUGACAAUUUGUUACGGGAUUAAAUUUAAGGUGUUCCUAUUGUUAAACCACAGAGCCUAAGACUUGCAGAUCAGAAGGUCAGCGGUUUGAAUCCCCACGAUGGGGUGAGCUCCCGUUGCUCGGUUCCUGCUCCUGCCAACCCAGCAGUUCGAAAGCACGUCAAAGUGCAAGUAGAUAAAUAGGUACCGCUCCAGCGGGAAGGUAAACGGCGUUUCCGUGCGCUGCUCUGGUUCGCCAGAAGUGGCUUAGUCAUGCUGGCCACAUGACCCGGAAGCUGUACACCGGCUCCCUCGGCCAAUAAAGCGAGAUGAGCACCGCAACCCCAGAGUUGGCCACAACUGGAGCUAAUGGUCAGGGGUCCCUUUACCUUUACCUUUAUUGUUAUGUACUGCAAUACUCUUAAGAGCUUGGGGCCAGUUUACUUAAAGGAUCAUCUUACCCCAAAUGUGUCCAUUUGACCAUUUCAAUUUGUGGAACUGGUACUUUUCCAAGUGGCACCUCAUGUUUGUUCAGCCCUUGCAAGACAUCCGUAUUUUAGCACCUCUCAAACUCUCUGCGUAUUAAGAUUAGCUUUAUUGACUUUAUUUUAUUUUUUGCCUUUUAAAUCUGUUUUGUUUAGGCAAGCCUACCUCAUAUAUAGUGGUGUUAUAUAUUAUUUGCUUUUAAAAUGGCUAUUUCCCCCCCCCCCCCCAUAUUUUUAUAUCAUACAUUAUCUAGGGUUGCCAUGCUUCCGGAAUUUCCCAGACACAGCCAGGAUUUGGCCAUUGGAAACAGUGCCCGGGCAAAAAUGGCUGUAGUUCAUCUGGGGAAAUUCGGACGUAUGGCAGUCCUGUCUGAAGUGUAGAUUAUGGUGAAUAUCCUUAAAAAAUAGCUCAAAAACUUGAGCUUUUUUUUCAAUAGAAAUUUAGCAACUUUGUCCCUACUCCCCCCAAAAAGCAACCCUACCUUAUAUAAAUUGAUGAGAUGUUUUUGAAUAUGUGGUAUAUACCUUGCUAAUAAGUAAGUCAAUACUAAGGUAAAGGUAAAGGACCCCUGGACAGUUAAGUCCAGUCAAAGGCAACUAUGGGGUUGCAGCGCUCAUCUCGCUUUCAUCUCGCUGAGGAAGCCAGCGUUUGUCCACAGACAGCUUUCCAGGUCAUGUGGCCAGCAUGACUAAACCACUUCUGGCGCAACGGAACACCGUAAUGAGUGCCAGAACGCAUUGAAACGCUGUUUACCUUCCCGCCGCAGUGGUACCUAUUUAUCUACUUGCACUUUGACGUGCUUUCAAACUGCUAGGUUGGCAGGAGAUGGGACAGAGCAACGGGAGCUCACCCAGUCGCAGGGAUUCGAAUCGCAGACCUUAUGAUUGGCAAGCCCAAGAGGCUCAGUGGUUUAGACCACAGCGCCACCCGCGUCCCUGUAAUACUAACCAGUAACAAAAGGCAUGAGCCAAUCUGCAGACUGGUCCACGGGCAUCACCCUACAAAGUGCAUUUUUAGAGUAAAGAGCCAUCCCCAGUGGGAUCCCGACUGAAAUUACUUAAGUGUGUGCGUGGUUUUCCUCCUCCGAAUGCUUGAACCCUUAUGUUUGUUCAGCUUGGAUUGUUUGCGCAUGGCUUCAUUAAUUGGGUGCUGUACUCUGAGGCAAUGGCAUUCUUCUGUUUUUAUCUUCCCUCCUCUGCUUUUUGCAGGUAUAAUAGCUGUUGUUUCUCCACUGCACUGUACUCCAGUUCAGCAAGCCACUCAAAGUAGCUUGUUGCCAAUGGCAGUCAACCCAUCCAUUAUCCAGUCUCCCCACAUGCACUCAAAGGUGAAUAUCGCUGACAAAAUCAUUUUUAAAAUUGCAUUUAACUUUUAAAAAACGCCUAAUUAUUUGAUACUUCUGGUGGUUUGCCUUCACAGAACGUUAUUAAAACAGAAUACAGUGGUGCCCCGCAAGACGGAAAACUCGCUAGACAAAAGAGUUUUCCGUUUUGGAGGUGCUUCGCAAAACGAAUCUCCUAUGGGCUUGCUUCGCAAAACGAAAAUGUCUUGCGAGUUCCUGCGGGUUUUUUUUCCUCCCCCCCCCCUUUUUCUAAGCCGCUAAGCCGCUUAUCCGCUAAGCCGCUAAAAGCCGCUAAUAGCGCUAAUAGCGCUAAUCCGCUAAUCCGUCAAUGGGCUUGCUUCGCAAGACGAAAAAACCGCUAGACGAAGAGACUCACAGAACGGAUUCUUUUCGUCUUGCGAGGCACCACUGUAUUUUUUUGUCCCUUGUUGACAUAGUUGGCAAUAUAGUGGAUCUGAAGGCUCCCUUCCUUCAGCAGAAGGAGCUUCUUCUGAUGGGAGAAGGGGACUUUUGGACCCAACCCAAGGGUUCCAAUUCCACCCGGUAUUCAAUAUACAGUUGUACCUUGGAUCCCAAACACCUUGCGACUCAAACGUUUUGGCUCUCGAAUCCCCCAACCCAGAAGUGAGUGUUCCUGUUUGCGAACAUUCUUUGGAACCUGAACAUCUGACAGGGCUUCCGUAGCUUCCGAUUAGCUGCAGAAGCUUCCUGUUUCCUGCAUCCAAUCGGAACCUGCGCCUUGGUUUCAGAAUGUUUUGGAAGUCAAACAGACUUCCAGAACUGAUUCCGUUCGGCUGUAUACAGUUGUUAAAUUUGAAAUAGCUAAGGGAACGUAUUGGGAUCUAAUAAAUUUGGAUAUUAUUAUUUUUGUUUUUCGUUUUUGUUUAGAGAAUAUGAGCUCUCCCAAACAGAUUUUUGGGUGAAGAAGCCACUGAAAAUUAGAGACCUGGUUUUUGCAGAAAUAGCUUUAUGGAGAGCCAUGUAGCCGCUUCAGCCUUUUUGACCUUUUUCUUCCACAAUGAUGGCUGUUUCUCCAGUACUGAAGGGAAAAUGUACAUCGUGUGAGAAGCAGGGGGAACUACAAAAUGGCGCAUGCUGCCCUCCAUCUCCAAGAGAACAAAAUCCCCGUGGGAUGAGGGAGAUGGAUGACUGACACCUUUCACAGAAUAUUUCUCUAAAAGACCUUGAAUCUUCCUGCAGGUAUCUUGUUCUUCCUCUUUGAAUAGCCUGCCGGGCAGUAGCAAAGAAAACGGGAAGACAUCACUGAAUCAGGCGCAGACAUCUGCUGUCCAUACGCAAGCCUCUUUGGGAACUGUCGGCUCAAAACCGAUUAAUCAGGAGCAAAGUAUGUAUUCUGGUCAAGCAAAUAGAAACGCGACUGGGAUGUAGACUUCAGAAUAAAUGUUUGUGGGUGUUCCCAGUCCACAUAAAGUGGUACAAAGGGGUACAGUGGUACCUCGGGUUACAUACACUUCAGGUUACAUACACUUCAAGUUACAGACUCUGCUAACCCAGAAAUAUUACCUCGGGUUAAGAACAUUGCUUCAGGAUGAGAACAGAAAUCGUGCUCCAGCGGCGCGGUGGCAGCAGGAGGCCCCAUUAGCUAAAGUGGUGCUUCAGGUUAAGGACAGUUUCAGCUUAAGAACAGACCUCCAGAACAAAUUGAGUACUUAACCCGAGGUACCACUGUACUCUGUUUUGUUGGUUUAUCUAAAUGCUGCGCCACACAGGCAAUUGGAUAAACAGAUGGCCUUGUGGGACUCGCAUAUGUCAGGGGACUAUUUAAAGGGCGAUGCAGGCUGUCAUCCAGAUCUGCUUGAAACAGUUUUGCCGCUGUUUCAGUGAGAUGUGGAUUAUGCAAAGAGGCCAACUGCAUGAAAAUAUGUCCUAAAAGCAAGUGAUCACCGUGUAGAUUUAAUCUGAUUGCUAUUUAAUCCGAUUGCUAAUAUUAACUAAUCUUUCAAUUUCCAAAGUAGUAGGAAAUUCUGGGUGAUGCAAUGCAAUGAAGUGCGUUGCGGAUAACUUCUGUAACGUAAAAUUCAGCGGAGGGGAAAUUCUGUGGAUUUCAUUGUGAAAUAUUCAGGCUUCGCGAUAUACACACCAUUCUAAUGUUGUCUGAAGGGUUCCGAAGCACUUCCACCUGGAGCUAGAUUGGGUGGCUCCUGUGGACCAUUCAGACUGCUGCAUUCUGGACCCUAUUGUUCUAGGACCAAUCAGACUGCUGCAUUCUGAAUCCUAUUGUUCUAGGACCAAUCAGACUGCUGCCUUUUGGAUCCUAUUCAACUCAGUACAUAACAGUACAGAUACCAGAUCUGCUCUCUUAGGGUCAAUGCAGGUCAGAAUCAAUGAAAGCAGAAUCUUGUAUGGCUGGUGGGGUGUUUUUUUUAGAUAGGUUACUUUCCUGGUUUAGUGCCGUAUCCUAGGGGAAGCUGUUCUCUGGAAAAAGCAAAUAACAGUACAGUCUGAUAUAUAUUUGCAGCAGCUGACAUCACUGACACAUACAAGUCGCAAACUUUUGCACAAUGAGAGGUGCAAGUGUGACUAAGUUGGGCAUCUUUUUGUGCCGUGUACCUUAUUCACAGCUUCCUCCUCACAGGCAGCAUUUUGCAGGAGACUCAAGAGGAACAGAGGGAAACAUAAUGUGAUUCAGCUCACCCUGUUUUAUAGCAAUUUUAAUUAUAGCAAUUAUUUAUAGUCUUAAAUAAAUGCUUUAAAUGAUUAAUCCUGGUGAGAUUUUUAUUUGCUCUCAAGUUAUGUAUGCCCUCUGUAUUUGAUGGUUUGUUUCCAAGCUAAUGCCGCCUCCCUAAAUCUGCUCUGGGAUUUUAUGUAGUGACUUACUCGCCUUUGAUAGAGCCCUCUCUUCCCCAACAUUUUUCGCAUUUUAAAUCUUAAAACAAAAGCUUCCAGCGGCGCUCAGAAGCCUAUCUACCAAUCCUCUUGCCCUCCAGAUACUAAUUCCUUCAACAUAUCCAACACCAUUGAGUUAAAGUGUACUAGAAUUGAAGUUGAAUUGAAUCUGUUAGGGCUUAUCCGCAUUUACCUUUCCCCUUGCUGUUUCCAGGCACAGGCCUGCGCUUAAAUACUCUGUGUCCAAGCUUCGUCAUUGUUGUUUCUGCCCCAGAGCAGAUGUAAAUUAGGGUUUUCCUCUGAUUGCCAUUGGCUUUGAUGGAGCUUUAAAGAGCUGGUUUUUGCAAGGUUUUCGUGUCAGCGUCACAAGGGCAGGCCCUUUAUUUAUAUAGUUAUUUAUUUGUAUUGGCAUUGCAAGAGAUUGGAGGAUUCAGAGCUUGGCUGGUUGCAAUUUGGCUGUUUGCGGAGUGGUUUGUUUGUAUGUAUGUGGGGGGUGUUGUUGGGUCAGAUUAGCCGUAUUGAUUUGUAUGCUGUUGCAGCGGGGGGGGGGGGUUGUGUGGCAGGAAUAGGUCAGUACUUUUCCUUGUUUCUUUGUUUGUUUUAUAACACACACACACACACACAAAAUCUUUAAUAAAAACAUAAUUUAAAAUAAAUGAAGAGCCAACUUUUUGAGGGAAAAGCUCCAAGGCAAAGAAACACAACAACAACAACAACAACACGCUCAGACACGGACCCUUUAAGUGUGGACCGUGCCUGGAAAAGCUGGAGGAAAUGUAUGUGUGGAUAAGGCCUUAGUGAAUUAUACUACUGGCAAUAUUUGUUCUCAUCGCCCAGUUCAGUUCUUGGCCAUUUGAAGCUCCCUUUUACCUAUGGGAGCCAGUAACUCACAUCCAUCAACAUAACACAGAAUUUAGUUUUUGGCAUACGGUGAGAGAAGUCUUAUUUUCCUGAUGCCUCUUGAUUUCUACCAGUGUGAAACCCGCCUAUGGCUACAGCACUGCACCAACGGGUCACCGGGAGGCAGGCAGAAACCAUGCGCAAAUGGUUCUAACAACCAUCAUGUAUUGCAGUGGUUGGUUAUGGGGAGAGAACAGGGCCGCAUAAUGUUUUGCUUACAAUCCUGAACAGUGGUACCUCGGGUUACAUACGCUUCAGGUUACAUACGCUUCAGGUUACAGACUCCGCUAACCCAGAAAUAUUACCUCGGGUUAAGAACUUUGCUUCAGGAUGAGAACAGAAAUCGUGCUCUGGCGGCGCGGUGGCGGCAGGAGGCCCCAUUAGCUAAAGUGGUGCUUCAGGUUAAGAACAGUUUCAGGUUAAGAACGGACCUCCGGAACAAAUUAAGUACUUAACCCGAGGUACCACUGUAGUAACUCCAGUCCUGAACUACACCUUAAUUCAGAGGUUUUCAACCUUUUUGAGUCCAUGGCUCCCUUGACCAGCUCCAUUCUUUCUGCGGCACCCCUGUGGGGCUCAGCAGCCCAGUUAUGUCACCCCUUGCCUGCAGAGCCGGCAGCCCCUCACCCCUUGUGAAGUGUUGCUCUCCUCUCCCCUCUCACUGGGAGUCCUCCGGGCAGCGCCAGAGACACCAUUCGCUUGCGGAGCUUGUAGCUAAGGUUGUUGCAACAAACAGCUUUUGGAAGGCAGAGACGCAAGAGGGCAUCAGAGGAGGGAGGGAAGGAAAGAGGGACAGAGGCCAAUGUUGCCUGCAGCACCCCUGACCGUCAUUCAAGGCACUCAAAACACACUGGUUGAAAACCCUCUGCCUUAAUUUAUCAAAUGGUUGCUCUGAAAACUUUGAGGAAUAGGGAGGAAUAUAACUUUCUGAGGAUGUUUGUGACACGUGAGCAUGCAGCUUCUUUUACUGAGGACUUUCCACUGGCAGCAUAGAGACUCUUGCGUGCGUAUAAUCGGUCGAAAGUGAAUUGUGAGCUUUAUGCCAUCCGUAGGUUUUUUGGGCUGACCUAUUUGUUUGGAGAAAGUGGAAGCCGGCUGCCUGGGGAGUUUUAUUCCAAAUGCAAGGUUACUUAGUAACAGGCUCUUCUCCCCUGGGGAACCUGAGAAAGCGCAUCGCAGGGAGGCAGAAUGGUCCCUGUUAGGAUGGGAGGGAGGAAGGAAACGAGUAAUGGGGAAUGUGCAUCUUCUACACACACUCGAGAAGGCAUCCGAAAAUAGACAGCUGCAGCCGCACGGGGAGUUCUUGCCCUUCUGCUUACUUGGAAAUCGCGCAAAGUAAACAAGGGACAAAUAAAACCGUUUCAAGGCUGAGGAGUGGAAACAUAGCCUGUGAUUCAAAUGGAUAGAAGCUAAGUUAGAAGCCCUCUGCUUUAUUUUCUCCUCUGAUAGGAAGAGAUUUGGUGGAGGUGUUCUCCGCCCCCUUGAAACUCGCUGCCUUGUCACUCACGGCUUCUGUUUACAUUCCAGAAUUGAAGACAGGUUUUCCAGAUGGUCCAUGUGGGCAACGUAUGACUGAUUCUGCACAUGCCGCUGUUGCAGCCAGCUGCUCCGAUAACAGCGAGGGCAAAAAAAGGAGAGAUGCUAAACCUCAGAUUCCUCUAGCAAAGGUAAUAAUUUGCUGCCUUGUAAGAUAACAGUGAAAAGCAGAGGCUGAUUUGUGUUGCCAACGAAAGUCGGCCUAUGUAGAUAGCUGGGGGUGAGAACGGCACCUUUGUCAUCAGGCUUUGAAUGGGUUUCUAGUGACUAUCCCAUAAAAGCGCCUACCCCAAAGGGAGCUAGCCAGUGCGCAUGUCAGCAAUCUUGAGUGCGUGGCUGGACCCAGUCACACCACCCGGUGCCCCAUGCUCAUAGUUGACAAAGCAAUUUGAUCUGCUUUUUGAUAUGUCCAAGAGGACAUCUAAUAAACACGUCCCUUAGAAUGGAUUUGUGUUAGCAAUUUCGCCUCCCUCCCCCAAAAAGAAAACCCACUGACUAAAUAUUCAACCCGAGAUGGACGUUUAGCUGAACUGCAGGAUAUGACAAAGGGAUCCUGCGAUUAGUGGAUUCCACAGCCACCAUUCAUUGGACAGCUGUCAAAAUAUAUCUUGUCCAAAGUGUUACAUAAUUUUCAUGUGAUCUGCAGAGAAUUCUUGCCUCCCCGGUCAAAAACAGCUUUUGCAUGAGUCGAAGGUUGCUUUGACACUAGGGAUUUUGACCCCGCUGAGACGUUCCUUUGACACAAUCGGCUGGGAACGGAACGGAAUUAAAACAGUGGUUCUAAGUGACAUUUCAUAUAGUCCCAUUAUCCAGUACUAUUAAGCUCCUUUGCUUAGAAACAAAUCCCAUUCAUCAAAGGUCCCCUGCAACUGUAAUUAGAAGCUUCCUGUAAUAAUAGCAAUAUAGGCAUCUAAUUGCUUCCCAUUCACUAUUCCAUAAGGGAUGAAUCCCCACUUCGUUAAUUUUUCCUCACGGGGGAGAGUGGUGACCAGUAAGUUAGCUCCAUUUAUCAUUCUAGUACACCAUUCCCCAUUUGGCCUCUGUGAAUUUGAGUGAUAAUUUCUGCAGUCAAUUGUUUUUUUCCUGCUUGUUUAGGCUUCGCAUGCAGUUCACAAUCUUGAUCAUCUGGAGUAGGGCUGGGGAACAUGAAGUAGUAGUAAUAAUAAUAAUAAUAAUUUAUAAUUUAUAAUUUAUAAUUUAUAAUUUAUAAUUUAUAAUUUAUAAUUUAUAAUUUAUAAUUUAUUAUUUAUUAUUUAUUAUUUAUUAUUUAUUAUUUAUUAUUUAUUAUUUAUUAUUUAUUAUUUAUUAUUUAUUUAUUACUUAUUACUUAUUACUUAUUACUUAUUACUUAUUAUUUAUUUUUAUUUUUAUUAUUUAUUAUUUAUUUUUAUUUUUAUUUUUAUUAUUUAUUAUUUAUACCCUGCCCAUCUGGCUGAGUUUCCCCAGCCACUCUGGGUGGCUCCCAAUCAAGUGUUAAAAACAGUACAGCGUUAAAUAUUAAAAACUUCCCUGAACAGGGCUGCCUUCAGAUGUCUUUUAAAGAUAGGAUAGCUGCUUAUUUCCUUCACAUCUGAAGGGAGGGUGUUCCACAGGGUGGGCGCCACUACCGAAAAGGCCCUCUGUCUGGGCCUCCAGAUUUUCCUAUCGGCUCUGUCCAUUCAGCACGUUGUCUGGGACUUGUAGGAGUUGCAAUCCAGAAACAUCUGCAUGGCCUCAUGUUCCCCAGCCGUGUUGUGGGGGCCUAAAUUGUUCAGGGAGCUUGCACGAGUCCAGCAGGUUUCCCACUAUAUAAGUUUGUCUCCAAGUGACAAGUUAGCAUGUCGGUUCCUGCUCUCUCUCGCACGUGUUUUUAAUUGCCCGGUAGGUUAUAGCACCUGAAUGGGGCUACAGUUCUGUCCUAAACCAAGUGCUGAUGAGUUUCUUAAGGUAUCAUGAUUGCAACCACCACCACCACAAAAUCCUCUCUGCCUGCUAUUUUGCUUUUGCGGUCCUGUCCGAGGUGGAAAACUCUGAACUUGCUUUUGUUUAGAGCUGAGAAAUGCUCUUCUGUUUAAUUUCAGGACAUCAAAGUGAAGCAUGCGGAUUCCUGGACAAGUUUAGGUAAAAUGAUCCCUGCGCCGGCCCCAAUCAAAUCCUCCAAUGAAAGCUUCAGGCAGUUCCAAAAAGCAGCGCUAGAGAAAGAAGAAAGUGAGUGGGCAAAGGACCGCAAAAGGCAAUUGGAGCAAGCUGAGAGGAAACUGAGAAGCCUCCCUCAGGAAAAAGAGAGGUUUGUAAUUCUAUAUAAUUAAAUUGAAAGGCUGUAUUUCACAUGUCCAUUUAACUACGCUCAUACUGAGUGGUUUCCAACUGGGCUGUUUUGUGGCAAUGUGGAACUGAUUCCUAUUUGAGGGGAAAUAAUUAGAGGCGAUAGCUAGUCACCAUGUUGGUAAAAUAGCAGCACGGUCUAUUGAGUAUUAUUUUCAAGGUUACUCUGAUGUUUGCAUAUGCCCAUGUUUAUACUUCAUCGAUGUGAACUGACUGUUGGCAGAGAUGAGUAUUUGAGCUUGUUAGUAACUCUGUAGCUGCCGCUCUGCUAGCAAGCAUAAAGUAAAAUUUAAAAUUAUGACUUUUCCAAAGUGUCCACGGGUAUAUCCAUUUGGAGACAUAACUGGGAAAACUAACUACAAGAUCAGUGUUGCCCAAACUUUUGGUACUGAGUUUUUCUGGUUUAAAAUUAAGUGCGCAUCUUAAUCCACACUUGUGAGCUUUAUUGGCCAGCACAAACAAGCUUUUUGUUUUCAUAUCAACAAAGUCGAUGUGUGAUCAGAGCUGUAACAGAGGGGCUUUUUUUGGACAAGGGCAGCAGUUCUGAGAUUUUUUUUUAUUGAUUUUUUUUUUUUUGCAUUGUUGUCAGUUAGGGAAUCCCAGUUCAUCAUUCUUAAUCCAUCUCUUGCGAUGCCACUGCCUAUAUUUUUGCAGGUGCUGGAUAGCGGGGGUGGGGAAUCAGUACUGGAUGGCACCUCUCUGCUUCCAUCAGCAGAGUGGUGGGAUACAUCUAAUAUGGCGGAUUUUUUGCAGUAUACUUCAUCCCUUCUUGCAGUACGCUCAGUGGCAGAGCAAGCCGAUUGGGUGCCUGGGGUGGCGUGCGUGCCCUGCGCCCAGAGGCGGGGUCAGCCGCCCGUGGGGUGGGGCGAGUCGGGGCAGGACGCUCCGUGGGGCCUCCGAGGAAUCUGCCUGCCUCCUCCCAUUCAUCCCCCCACAGCUGAGGGGGAAGCGGCGGGCAGACAGUCUGGGGCAGUGCAGAGCCUGCAGGUACCCAAGCCACCGCGUCACUCCCAGAAGAGAUGCGUGGCUUGGGCGCACUGCAGGCCCCAUGGUGAGUGCCGCCCGGCAUUUUGUCACCCUCUCAGUGGUGACACCCGGCAUGACCCGCACCCCCUUCCUCUGCCCCGAGUACACUGUUUAGGAAUUGACAUGCAAAAUCCUUGCAGAUUGUUGGUUACGUUUAUUCCUUCAAAUGUGAGGUCUGCAUCUUUGAAUCCAUAAGCAACGGGUGUGUUUUUUCCUAUAUAGAAACAAUGGGAAAACAGAUUUGAAACCUACUGCAGCAAAAGCGAGCUUUUCCCCUUCAAAAGCAGCGUCCACAAAAGAGCAGCUAUGCUUGACACAAAGUCUUCUUGUAGACCAUAACUUGGCAAGAAAAAUGGAACAAGAGCGUAGGUGGAGAGAAGCGGUAAGUAAUUGGUGCAUAAAUCAGCUUUAACAGUGUCGGUCACAUAACAAACUGCAGCAGCUAAGGAUCUGCUCUAAUAGCUUAUUCCUAACUAAAUCAAUGGGACUUUAUUGGCUUAGACCCAUCUGAAGAGCCAGCUUAGCAAUAGAGGUUGGGUAUCACUGACUGCUUUGACUACAUGGCACAUUAAAGAUUGCCAGGGGUUGCUACCUGUUGAAACCUGAAUCCAGAAAAGUUCAUACAUUAUCUCUCUGCACGUUUACUCAAAAUUAAAUUACGCUGAAUUAUGUGUGCGCCUUGCUCCUGGUUGGGACGCGGGUGGCGCUGUGGUCUAAACCACUGAGCCUAGGGCUUGCUGAUCAGAAGGUCAGUGGUUUGAAUCCCCACGAUGGGGUGAGCUCCCAUUGCUGGGUCCCAGCUCCUGCCAACCUAGCAGUUUGAAAGCACGUCAAGUGCAAGUAGAUAAACAGGUACCGCUCCGGCGGGAAGGUAAACGGCAUUUCUGUGCACUUCUCUGGUUCGCCAGAAGCAGCUUAGUCAUGCUGGCCACAUGACCCAGAAGCUGUCUGCGGACAAACAUCGGCUCCCUUGGCCUAUAGAGUGAGGUGAGCACGCAACCCCAGAGUUGUUCCCGACUGGACUUAAUGGUCAGGGGUCCCUUUACCUUUACCUUACUCCUGGUUAAGUACCUACACCAUUGCAACAUAAAUAAUCCGCCCCGCCCCCAUUUAAUUGCUUUUUGUUUUUAAAUAGAUGGUGGGCACCAUUGAUAUGAACUUUCAGAGUGACGUUAUGGCAACGUUUGAAGAAACCCUGAAAUGAGAAGAAGGAAGGUGGCGUAACUUUGGUUACCGUUCUUUAGAAGUAAUGUUGGAGUGCAGAAAAAUACUCCAUGCACUGCCGGAAUACAUUUUUUGGUGAUAAUUCUAUCCAAACAUUUGUUAAUCAUUUUUGAAGAGCCAGUAUAUUACUGUAAUAAGUUCAGUUUUUAUAAAACUUGCUUCCAUUAAAAUUGUAAAGCUUGAAAACUUCUCAAUGUAAAGGCUUGCUGUAAUCCUUAGAGGCAGUUUUCAGUGCCUAGCCUUAGUUUUGAAAUACUAUUAUUUCUGGACUUUUAAGCCUGUUUCAAAAUGUUUAUUUGAUGUGCAUGGUACAAAACAAGCCAGGCAUUGCUUUCAGGGUUCAAGUUUGGUAUUUAAAAGCACCUUGGAUGUGUACUGAUUUAUUUUUUUAUGGGUAUUUAAACUACUUUGUUUAGCUUUGAUUUAUUUGGCAAAUGUACCAGUAUUUAAGUUGAAAUGUUAUUUGAUGUGGCAAGCUAAAAUGCCUUUUAGCUCAUGUAGUAUUGAGGAUUUGCAUUUUGGAUUUCUCCCUACCCAUCAUUAGAAAAGUAAAACCUAAAUAAAUCUUCAGUGUCUAUUUUCCUUGUAAAAAUCUGUAAAUAUGCAAGUAUUUUUUGUUAUUUCUAAGUAAUAGAUUGAAUCAUUUCCAUUUUCUUUUGAAUGCACACCUUACAACCGUUUGUAUUAGAUGCUCAAAUGUCUUUCUAUUUUACACCUUUCAUACGUUAAUAAAAUAAGUUGUC